UUUUGCGUAAAGUGCAGCUGCUGCUGCGCACAGAACAUCUCUCUCUCUCUCGCUCUCUCUCUCUCUCCCUUCGCUCCCUUGUUGUGUCGAUUUUUUUCAUCCUCUGCUUCCAACCAUCAUCCACCCCCUCCUCCUCCUCUCCUCUUCUCCACUUCUAUCUCAGCUCUGCGAAGAAGAAAAACGAGGAAACCAAGGAUUGAUGUGUUACUCGGCUUGAAAUUUUAUCCAUUUUUUUGCGCACCGAAUCCCCCACGCUUGACAGCUUUGCGAACAAAAGAACAUCGCUUUUGACGCUUUCUGAUUAUUUCCAUGUGCUGACAGUAGACGGCUGUGCAUGUAUGUGCCCUCGUUGUGCUCCGGGUGGCCGUGAUAUAACCGCGUAGGAUCGUGUGGAUGCUGGGGGAAGAGGCUCUUGCUCCGGGAAGCUUCGUCCAUCCCUCUGUGUCGUCCUCGUUCCUGCGACCGGCUGCAUGACCGGUGAUGCUCGGCUUCCCCGCCUGGAUGCGCCCCUCUCUCCGCGGUGUGCCGUCGGUACCGCUGCCUGUAUCCCCCCAUAGCAGAUUUGCACUGUCGCCGGAGAAAGGUCUAGGGACCACAUAUGGAAACUGGGGAUCAGAAUUUUAGGAAAAGGAAAACCAAGCAGGCUGUCGUUUGAUUUUCACAACUUAAUAUUUUUUUCUUCUUCCUUUUGCCUUGAUUUUCCUUUUAUUUGGAGAGAGGGGUUGAUCGUUCUGGUUGGUUUAUAUUUCCUUCAUCUCUUAAGUAAUGGCUGGUUUGCAUGGCAGUCAUGGUACCGGCUGAUUAUUUGGUAUUAUUUAUCAUUCUGUCCUCGAUUUUGGGGGAGCGCUUAAUUCCGUUGCUUUGAAUUCCUUCUUUCACAUCCAACCAUUUUUCCAACAUAUUUUGGGCCCUGCCUGUCUGUCUUGCCUGUCUCCCAUCAUCCUCUUCCCUCAGAAUACAUGUGAUAGUCUGAUUCCUCUGAAAUGCCUGAGACGAGCUUUCAUAACUCACUGAUCCACUGUGUUACAUCAAGGUAGUCAGAACUCAUCCUGAAUUGUGUAAUUUUCUAUUUGAGGUCUCUGUUUAUUGCCUUUUUGAGGUCAUUUUAAAGAAAUCAGGCCGCCAACUGUGUUAGUUUUAACCACCCUCCACCCCCACACUCCGGUGCUUCUUCAUCCCCCUUUCAGUAUGAAUUAAUUCACACUGAGUGCAUGCGUGUGCUUGUCUGUGUACAGGUGUGAGCAAGUGAAAGUUUGGCUCCGUAAGCAAGCAAGAGAAAGUGUGUGUGUGUGUGUGCGUGCGUGCGUGUGUCAGUGUAGGCUGUAUGAGACGACCUGUGAGGGGAAAAAAAACAAGCGCUACAUGCACAUCAUUCCAUUUAUCACCGUUGAAGCUGUGAGGAUUGUAAUACAUGCAGCUGCUUUAGUCAGCCCAGAGAGCCAAAUCUAGACCUGAGACCAUCACAGAGAAACAGAGCAAGAUCCUCCAUCUUCUCAUUAUUUCUGCUUUCUUCUGAGUUUGACAUUUAGAGGCCUUCCAACUUGACAAAGUAGGCCUGGAUCCCAGACCAGGUCUCUUGUGGGCUCUGCAAGAAGCCUGCGUUUUUAGGUCAACAUUUUUUCCAGAGCAGGGCAACUUCCUGCCACUUGAGGAUCAGACUUUUGAAACAUCUCCACCAAAGUCUGUUUGACCCGUCUUUUGGGCCAAACAACUACCCCCAAACCUUCACCCAUAUCUUAAUUUUCACCGGGUCGGGUCCCACCCCAAAACCAACCAUACGAUUUCCCCCGAGCUCCCCUAACUCCCCCGCCCCCCCAGCGGCCCCCCGCUACCGUCAUCCACCCAACACCGCCCACCCCCCGUUUUCCGAGCUGGCGUGGCGACGCAAACUCACAAAUAUUUACUUCCUAUAUAUCAAGAGGAAAGGGGGCCCCCCUUUCGUGGAAUGCGGCAACAUGGGCGUGUUUGACCGCGGAGUUCAGAUGCUGCUGACCACGGUAGGGGCCUUCGCCGCCUUCAGCCUUAUGACCAUCGCCGUGGGGACAGACUACUGGCUGUACUCGCGCGGCGUCUGCAAGAUCAAGAGCACCAACGAGAACGAGACCAGCAAGAAGAACGAGGAGGUGAUGACGCACUCCGGCCUCUGGAGGACCUGCUGCCUGGAAGGUGAGCUGCAGAUGUCCUCAUGAGCCUGUAUAUACAUGCACAGAUACACCAACCACACGGCAUGCUCAGGCACACUGGCAGAUUGAUUCCUACCUACAUGCCCACACACACACACACACACACACACACACACACACACACACACACACACACACACACACACACACACACACAGCCUUGCAUUCGCACUUACAUGCCUACACAUACGCUUGCAUGCCCACACUAUUCUGUAGGUACUCUGCAUCCAUUUCCACACAUGAAAACGCUCACUCUCUCUGACCUACACACACCUCUGCUCCUUCUAUCUAUCCAUGUAUCUGUCUAUCUAUCUAUCCGCAUACUUGGAUGGUGGUUGAAGUAUUUCCAGUCCUUCUGGUCUCUGGUCUCUCUAACCUUUGAUUUGAAUUUGUGCAGCAUUUCCCCUUCAUGCAUCUCAGUGCAAUGAAGGAAAACUUGAGCUGACACGUUGAGGCAUAAAUGCAACUUCUUCUUUACAGGUGGAUAGUGCUCCUCUGCUUCCUUGUGCAGGCUUUUGGUGUUGGUCUGGUGUGCAGAUUGGCUUUUCUCAUGUUCAAACAAUGAGCGGGUUGGCUUGCUUGGUAAACUGCAACACUAGACCUCAAAAAGCACACAUAGUCCAGAGAGGUGUACUCUAUGGCUGUACUUUUAGCCCCCCGUGCUGCUCGAAGCUUGAUACUGCUGCUCUUGUCCACUCUGUCAAAAGGAAACGUGGACAAAAUCUUGGUCACAUUAGGACAAAUAGUAAAAACCAGAUUUCUGGAGCUGGGUGUGAAUACACCGAUGAUCAGGCACACUAAGACUUUCAGAUCUGUCUCAGUUUUACAUCCUGUGCUCAUGCCUACAUAGGGAAACAUAAGUAAUCACAGUAGUCCCUCUGCCUGUGUUCUCUGUUACCCAUAAAACUCCACCAUUGAAAAUCCAACACAAUUAUUUCUUAUUCCAGAAAUGUCCAACAGAGUUUAAGUUAGAUUCAGACAGUGUUAGAGAUCAUCUUUUGAGUCAAACUCUAAUUUCAUAUUCAGUUGGCACAUUGAUGGUGUUACUUAUCUCUGUGGUGUUUUGAGGGGUUGUAGUGACACCAGAGAUUGUAAUUUUAAUACGAUACGAGUAAAACUCAAAUGAUACCACAGCCUAUUGUGUUCUUCCUUUUGCUCUCAGCAGGUUUAGUUUGGUCAUUUUUGAUAUGAUUAAAUGAGAAAAUAAUGCCAGCUAUGUCAAAUUAGUGCCAGGAAAAUCAGGGGUACUAAGUAUGUUUCCACCACAGGGAUCAGGGUCUCAAUUAAGUCUCAGGUUUGUCAUUGGAGCCCACAAAUAGUGUAUUUCCACCAAGUCACACAAUAUCUGCAUUUCCAUUGUACAAGUUACUCCUUUUACCAAAUCACUGAUCUGGACACAAAUGCAGAAUAAAAGCAUUUUGUGAAAACAAGGGGGGCUCUCAAAAAGAUCAGGCUUUAUUUUGGAAAGGAUGUCUGGAAGUACCAAAAGUAUGUUUGUGGCAUAGACACAGCUGAUACAAAGCAAAUACAGCCUUCCGUUUAUGUAUUUUUGGCUAAGGUAAAAGUGGCUAGGGUGAGAUGUUCCUGUUAGGUAAAGAUACCCAUCAAAAAAUAAAGCUGUCCAAGGAAGUCUUGCACCUGACAUGCUUCCUACGUGAAGCUAUGUGGCAGGGUUCAGUCUGCUGUGGAAAUGAAGCAAAAUCCAGGUACCUAACUGUAAUAAACCAAACCAGACCCCCUAGGUGGGAAUGCUCCAAAAAGUCCAUUCCAGGAGGGUUGUGCUUUUUGAAAGAACAUAAACUUUGGGUUUGAGACUUGCAACACCAAAGACACCGUUUAAUUUUCAGUAGACUUAAAAAGCCUUGAUGCCCCCAGAUCCUGCCUUGAAAAAUGCCAUGUACUUUUCAGCAAAAUGCAGCAUAUUGUGGGAAGUUUGGCUGCGAGUUUGAAGGCAUUUUAGUAUGACCAAGCAGAUUUUUACAUGUGUAGAUGAAAAAUGAUUGAAGGGUUUAUAUCUGCCUGUAAAUCAGUUGUCUCAUUGAGCUUGAUCAGAACCAAAACAAGUCACUAAUAUUUCUGUAUCCCUCUUCUGCAGAGAGGAAUUCUUCAUAAAAUAAACCCAUCCAAGUCUUCAUCAACAAUCAACACCAGACGUGUAAAAACUGUUACCUGUCGCUUCCACCUGUUUUUGAUUCCUUCCUUAACACCACACAAUCCUUAAGCCCCAAACACUCCAAGGUGUAUCCGUUCGCUGUUUCACACAAGAAUAGCAAUACCAGCUCACGCACACACACACACACACACACACACACACACACACACACACACACACACACACACACACACACACACAUGCUGCAGAGGGAUUAGGAUACACACAGAUACUUACACUCUGUCUGUGUGAUCCGUCUUCUGCCUGAAUCACCAAACACCUGGCCCCAGAUUCACCUGAUUCACAGGAUGACAGAGUUACAGCUUGUUUGUGGUAUUUUUCCUAUGAUUCAGUUGGUUGUCUUUUAAGCGAUUUUGUGCAAAAUAGCAGCUGUCUGGUCAUGGAAAUAUGUUGGUUGGGGGGAGAAAUGAAUGGUAGAGGAAGAGAAGUACGGGAAGAAAAAUGGUCUUAUUUUGUACACUGAGAGUCCUGGUCGUAUCGUAAUAUACAUGUUUUUUUUUUUCAUAUUAGCUUCUGUUUCACAUUUUGUAAAUUGCACUUACCUCUGAAAACUGCAUUCAUGUUGCAGUUGUGACCUAGAAUAACACACUGCUGAGUCAGAACUCUCUCUAUAGGUUGAUGUGUGUCAUAAUAAGCACCUGCCUGUUUCUCAUGCACUGUGCGUUGGUGUGAGUAUGUUUGAUUUGUGCACCUGUGCAUAAUAUCUAGUUACAGGGUUGACGCUCUUGCCUGUUGUGACCUCACAUUGUCACACUGCUUGAGCUGCACAACCUAUUCCUGCGACACACACACACACACACACACACACACACACACACACACACACACACACACACACACACACACACACACACACACACAUUGUCACAAGGCCACUCGAACAUUAAGACCAAUGUAUCGUCAAGUGUAGGGAGCUCCUCACCUUAAACCACAAGCUAGCAUUUAGCUGCAGAGGCGUGUUUUUAACCCUUAUGAAGAGGCAGAGAGGUGUAAUGGAGAUCUCACAUCUUUAUAACCUGCCAGCUAAAUUGCCAGAUCUGACAUUACAGAAAAUGAGACAACUUUUAGUGUAGUACAUGACAUUUAAAUGUUUCAUCUUAAUCAGAGAGGACUAGCAUCGAUUUAAUGUCAGGUUAUGAAUCUCAAAUGACAUGUAACCCCUUAUUCGUACAAUAACGGCUGACUUGAGAUUAACUUCUGCAACAGUUUUUUAAGAUGGUUACACAUCCACCUUUUCUAGCACCUGAGCUCUACCUAGCUAAAUUUAAACCUGCUGUCCUUUUUUUGUUCAAGGUUUGUAGCAGCAAAACUAUUCCUGGAUCUGUGUCUUUUCAUGUUCAGACAGUGAUCUUUUUUUUUUUUUUCGGCUAACAGAGCAGAUAUCAGAGCACUCAAUGUGCAGCUGGGGCUGAAACGUUAUAAGAGGCUGACAGCUGUUCAAAUAAAUCUCAGAGAAUAUCAUCAUAUCCAUCAGUAUGCUCAGUCAAACACAUUUUAACAGCUUUCUUAAGGUAUUAAAUCUUGGCCUCCUUUCUUUGCUACAACUUCAUUCUGCUACAGAAGCUAAAACAGACUGUAAGACUUGUACUUCCUCUGUGUAUGAUAUCCCGGAUCAUGUGCUUUAGUUUGCUUUGCUCAUCAUUGAGUUAAGGGCUGAUCUCUUAGUGUUACUAGCAUGCUUAGCUUUGAUGGCAUGUUACUCCCCUGCAACAACUCCAAAAAGCAGUGCUUGGCUCUUUGUUAUUCGGGUUUCUCCCACAGCAAAGCUUUCAGCCAUAUCUGGUUAUAUUUGUUUCCAUCAGUUUUACAUUUCCAACGCUGCUUCUCAGGCUUUGUAGAGGCCUUGCCCCCAGGCUACAUCUCUAGCCUACUGACCUUAUAUGCGGUGAAAAGGUCAGGCCUUGAGCUCUCAGGGCUGAGGCAUGGGUGUCUUGGCUAUACAGCAAACACCACAGAAGAAGAAAACAGAAAGAGGGGCUGAAAAGUAUAAUAGUAGCAGAUCCUGAAGCUUCUGAAGGUCUUUACAUGCAUAUGUGUAGAACCCCUGAGUACUUUUCUGACAAAGUUUUCAUUUUCCACUUCUUACAUCAUUAUUUUCAUUAUAUUUUAGCAAAUUUAAAGGCACAGUGUGUAGAUAUUUAGCACUAUCUUGCAGCCGGAUUCUGGAUCAAAGAUUGUGCUCCCCUGCUCACCUGUCCCAUCCAUGAAGCCACGUUGACCUUUGAGGUCAUGAAGCUGCUAUAAUGCAUGAUAAGUAAGAUCCCAAAUUCUUCUGUGCCCAGAGACAUCCACUCUCUUCUUCUAUGUCAACCAGUCAGUGCAUUUCAGAUGACCAUGGCCUUCCUGGAGGAGUUCAGGCACCUGAUGUAAAUGAGUCUGUGCCCGUUAACACUGCCAAAUACUCCACACUGUGUCUCAAAGACCCAUCAGUCAUGAGUGAAUGAUGUGAAAUUUGGUUGCUGGAGCCUCUGUGAGAAGCUCCAGCAAAAUUAUGGUUUACACAGCAGACCAAUGAAAUAGAAAGACUUGGCUAGGAGUCAUUAGAGGGAACACUGGCUGCACCAGAAUUACUGAAAAGUUGGCAGCUGUUCCCAGUGGCAUCUUGAGAUAGUAGACCAAUGGGUUUAGAGACUGGACCUUAAAUAACAUGAGCAGAUGGUUAGUGAUGCUGGCCUACUUGGGAAAAGUGAUUGUAAUACCUGAGAACUCUUGAUGCUUAUUUAGGUUUUGUGAGUUAACAUCUGUAGGCAGUAAGAUGCCAAAGCUGACUUGUGUGUUACUUUAGUGUUUUUUGUUUUUAGUCUACACUACAGCUGAUCUGUUCCUGUUCUGACCAUUUUGAGAUGUGUUUUGGAUGCCGCGCCAAGACAAACCUACUGAUGGUUAGAUAUUGUUGCAUCAGAUCAUUUAUCCAAAGGAACUGAAAGUUGUUCCUUGGUAAAGGCUGUUGUUUAAUGCAAGUGGCACUAAAAAGUACUAAAAACAGCAGUUCUCGGAUUGCCUGCAGAGGCACCGAAAUACAUUUAAACUAAUUAUAAAAAACAUAUUUUCAGAGUAAAAUUAAACUGAAGUAAAAUUGUCAGGGCUUUCACUGCACACAACUGCACAGAGAGUGACUUUUCUUACUGAUUGGGAGAUGACAUGGCCACAAGAUUAGCGAAUCUUGAGUCAGCAUUUCCAAUAUGGCAACUGCUGCUGAUGGGCUUCAAAACUCAGCAAAAAAUGGGUGAUGUCACUGAUACUGCGUUCAUAUAUUAUACAGUCUGUGGCGUGAUCUCAAUUAUCCUGCAUGAUGUUGUGGAGUUCCUGUGAAAUGUUGAGAUCUCUCAUGCCAAGCUGUCUUGGACUGCACUCCAUUGCCACUGGAUGGAGCUAAUCCAUGGUGUUGAACACCAUGUAGACACUUAGCUACAGAAAAGGCAAGAAGGAGGUAAGGAACAGGAUACCAUGCAGCUUUUUCGGGGCACUUACGUCACUGUGGAUCAAAUGGAGCUAAUAAUCCUCCUUUUGUGCCAGAAAUAUCUUUAGUUUAGCUCAUGAAAUGUGAGGUGUGAACUCUGUGCACGUUCUUCUUAUAUGUCUCGUGAACAUCCACUCUGCUCCAUGAUGAGCUCAUUUUAUUUGAAAUUACGUCAAACAGAAAAACAGCAAGCCACUUGUUUCACUUAGCUCUGCUCUGCUAAUUUGGUGCAGGUGUGAUGAAAGCUACCUGUGAUCAACCAUGUGACUGUUCUAUGUAAUUAUAUUAAAGGGAGGAGGUCAUGGUAGUGAAAUCAUAGCUUCAUUUUUUGUACAGCUCAAACAGUGUCAGUUUAAGUGUAAGGACAAAGAGUGUUCAUUUUUCAAAACCGAAAAAAUGAGAUCUCGGCAGAGGUUGCAAAAUUGUGUCAAAUCAACAACACAUUUGUCGAUGUGAAUGCAGCCACGCCAACUCACUCCAUGUGAUAUGCUUAUUUUCCCUGCUAAGUGGCUUUACUUUUCACACUCUAAGCUCACUCUGUGUCCUUGGCACUGGAGAUUUGAAAUGGUUAAGAGCAGAGAGGAAUCUGAGAGGGAUCCAGCUCGCUCUGUGUGCAUCGCCUUCAGAGCUACAGUUGCUUUAAAGCUGAGUUGUGCAGAGAAAAGAAGAAGAGAGAGAAAGAGAGGAAUUGGGAGGUGUUGAAAAAAGAAAAAAAUGGAGAAAAAAGAACAAGAGAAAGAGCAGGCAGCCCUGGUUUUCUGUCACACCCCCUCAGGCAUCCUGUGCUAUCUUUAACACACAGGCCUACGUUCUAUCUAACCUAUCUUGCCCCAGCUUUUAACAUAAAACGUCACAGUGCAUGCUUUUAUUUAAACGCUCAGGACAUGAUGUACAUUAUUUGCAGAUACCAGUGACUGACUGACUGUUCUGUGCAGCACUGUCAGCAUACUGACAUGUUGGCAUCACAAAACCGAGGAAGAUCACACAUGACAUUUUCAUGCUGAGCCUUGAGUUAUACGUUGCAGAUUUGAUUAUGCUUCUGCUUUAAUGCUUAGGCCUUUCAAUAAAUGUAGGGGUGUGCGUGUAAGAGAGAGAGAGAGGAGAAGGAAGAGAGGGAGAGGCAGGCUGUGUCAGAAUUGAAGUGCAUUACGGCGAUGACAUUAAUUAUGCUAAUAGCCAUCAGUUCUGUUAGCUUUGCCGUGCUGAUCAUCAACAGGGUCUUUCCACACUGCCUCUUUAUCUAAAGCUCCAGCUAGCGAUACCUCCACAUGGGGAGCAACAAAUUACAGGGAAGCAGACUAAAAAAACUCAGACUUGCUCUUUAUCUUAAGCCCCAGUUUGCCAUCCAGGGAAUAGUGAGCAUCUAUCCGGUAAUUUCUGAUUGAAAAACUAUAAAUAUUCACAUCAAGCCUCCAUCACAUAGUAGGCACAUGAUACAACAAACAAAUCCAUCAACUUAAAAUGAAAAUAACUCACACUGGUUCUCUAUCCAGGGCCUCAUUUGAUGAAAUGGGAAUUGAUUCAGUUGAUUGAGUCAAAAAAAGUCUUGAUUAUGUGCAAGGUGGAAUCUGGAGAGUGCCAAAUAGGAACCAUUUGAUUUUGAUAAUGAAAAUACAGACAAAUGAAGUGAUGAUUCGGGAGGUAGUUCUUUUACUGCAGUUACAGCUAAGAGACAGAUACUGGUGUGUUAAAAGCAUGUUGAUGGAGUUGAUGUUAAAGUCCCAUCAAAAUAAGACUGUAGUCUGUGCUGACAAACACCGAUGCAAUUAUUAUACUAUUUAUUAGCAUCUGGGCUCACAUACGUCAUGCCACCCCCAGAAGUGUGAGUGAUGAGGUUAGGCCACCUAAGUUACCCUGGGUUUGGAUGCGUCCCCUGUUGACACGUGCCUUGCCCCUAGUGUGUAAUUUUAGCUCAGCAACAGAUGGAUCCAUGCUGAACAGAGGGGUUCAGCUGAUGGGGAGGGGACUAUAGUGAAAGUAAGGGACUCAACUGGCAGACAACUUGUCAAGCCAGCUGCAGAGCACUGGUCUGGCAAGCCCCAAAUUCACACUCGUGUCCCUUGUGUUAGAGUUCCAGUUAAGUUAGCUGGAGUUUCAAGUUAAAGUCAUGUGGUGACCUCUGACGCCAGUGUAGGCAUAAAGAAAACUGCAGUUCCUUGAGUGUCCACUUGAGGCAGGCCAAGGAGUCCCUAUUGACGCCACCGUAUAUUGCCCACAGCAGAAAUGAGCAUGUUUGCACCAGUGCAGAAUUGUGCACAGUCUGGCAUAUGAUUUGAGGUGUAGUUGAUUUGACUGACAGGUUAAAAUGUUGUUGUUGUCUAGGCAGCCUUAUCAAAACCUCUUGGCCAGUUCAUGGUAAGCUGGUAAAAGUGGAAAAGAUGCCAUUUUUGGGGAUUCAUAUGGCCUCUUUAGAAACUGAUAGGUGACAUCAAUGUCUAUGGUUGACAUCUAAAUUUUGAUAUGUAGUCUGAGUUUGACCCCUAGUGAGAUUCCAGUGUAAAUAGACUUUUUUUGUUCAUGGUGCAACAAAGUACAUAAAGUAAGCAUACCUACAGAUUGGUCACAGUGCCCCAUUUUAAACUGUGUUUCUUUAAAAGUUAAGGUUGGUUGCCAAGGACAAAAAAAUAACAAGUUUGCCUGCAGCUCCCACAGCGUUUCCCCCACCAUGCUUCUUCCCUGACUGUUGUUGUAAAUGCAGUAUCAGCAUUUGACAGCCUUAAGCCAACACAUGUAAAAAGUUUCAUUUUGUAUUUAAUUUGAAUUCAAGUCUUUGCAGAUGGCCUAGAAAUGUUUCACUUAUUUCAGAGCCUCUCCUCCAAACUCAUGAAAUACUUGUAUUGCACUCAUUUGAAAUCCACGUUUAUUGACACCUUGAGCUGAACCCAAUUACGCGGGUUACAUUUCAGAUUUCACUUACAAUGAAAGGAAAGGAAUAUUAUCCAGACCGGACAGCCAGACAGUCCGGCUGAAAGAGCCAUGAUGUCUUCAUUUAAAAUCUGAAGGAUGUAACAAGCUGUUUAUGAUGUGUGAUGGAGGAGGGCCGGGUAAGGAAAUAAGAGUCAUUGUUCUGCCUCUGCACUGAGGCUGGCUAACAGUCAGCAUCCAGCAGCGCUCUGUGGGUGGGCUGUUGUUGAUACUGUAAUAGAAGUGACUGACAGGUCACAGCAGCUGUCAAACUCUAGCUGUCUAUGAGCAGUAAACACCAAACUCCUGGAGACUUUUCUCAACAAAGCAACAAAAAAUCGAUUUGAAAUUAUUUUCAGCUUCAUAGCUUUAUAAAAAUAACCAGAUUGCAUCUCUGUCAUGUCAAUUCCAAGCACAUCAUCGUUGGUGCAGAAAAAAGUAAAAGCUGAGGAUAACACACCAGAUAUAUUUACAAAUGUAUUAUACUGUUGUUUGGUUUACUCAGAACUGUUUUACCUCUGGAUUAAUCUCAUACGAAAAUGCUGUUACCUAAAAGUCACAAUCUUCUUCAACACAAAAGUCUACAGAUGGCAUAAUUGAAAUAACCAAGGGUCUGAUUUACAUAAGGGCUGCACAGCUUUUGUGCCCAGUAAAUCUGUGCAAAUGAGAUAAAAAGCAUUAUCUGAUUCACAAAUUAUUUGUAAAGGGUCAAAUCCACCACUAAUCUUGCUGCAUUUCAAAUCACAACACUGUGCAAAGGUGUUGUUUUAACACGAAUUAGGCUGAUUGCAAAAUUUACAAAAAGUUCUAUGUACAGUCAGAGUGAAAGUUUCAGUGUCCUCAUGCUCAGACUUUUGAGUAACCAUGACAACAGUUCCACAUCUAGAUGACCUCAAGAUAUUAUAGCUGUAAGCAAAGUCUUUUAAUAUUACUUUGACAUGACUAUUUUAUCAUAAUCAGAGGUUAAAUCAGCCAGCCGCUACUGUGACUCAAACACAAAACGGGCUGUGCUAUUGAUAAAAUUUCUUUACUGACCCUGAAUGAGCUGAGCUUUGCAAGCAUGCCUCACGAAUUCAGCUGGAUAUAAACAGUAAAAUUUCAUGUCACAUUAUGAAUCUACUCGAAAAACUAGAAAAUCACUCAGAGAGCGCAGACCUCCGCCAAGCAGCUCAUGUCCCCCCUUAUAUUGUGAUUCACACCAAAACUUUUACUGUUACAUGUCUUUUAUUAACUUUUAUUUGUGUUUCAACUGGUAUGUUCACUGUUCAUAAUGUUCCUAAAACAACAAAACUCAUAUUAGACACAUAAAUGCAUGAUUUAUUAUGCAAUAUUUGUAAGCGUACACUUCCUUGUAUCUUCAUUGGUGAUCUUUCAGCAUUGAAAAUUCCAACGACACCCUUAUUUUUGUGUGUUCUGGAUCACAGUAUCCGGAAUUUUGUCUGGAUCAGGAUUAACCUUUGACACCUCAUAAAACUCAUUGAGAUCCUUUUGUGUAAUUUUUUACUAAAGACUCUGGCCAUUUUUAUAGAGUUAAAUGCAAAAAUUCCAAAAUUUGCCCUAUCUCACAAUGAUAAAGAAUCCUUCAAAAAAUUUCUGGAUCCAGAAGGCGAUCCGGAUCAUCACCAAAAUGCAACUUUACAGAGAAAGUUACAGACGGAUUGACCUGAAAUUUUCACCAGAGGUGCAUCUCAGCCCGAAGAGGAUCCCAUUACAUUUUGGUGUAACUUACUGUAACUCCGUAACUUUGCUGCCUCUUGGCCAGGUCGCUUUUGUAAAAGAGAUUUUAUGUCUCAAUAAGCCUCACCUGGUUAAAUAAAACAAAAUUUUAAAAAAGAGAUUAAAAUGUUUUUGUGUUUGACCUUAUUAUUUUUGGAAAUUGUAAUUUACCAGAAAAACAAAAUAAAUCACAAGCUUUUGGACAAGGAUCAUGGCGUGUAUUAUAGCACUUCUGCAUCCUUCUUUCCACAAUGACCGUGCGUAAUGCUGCUCCAGUUUGCACGUGCCUUUCAAACUUGCUAAAGAUAUACACAAAAUAGUGACUGCAAUCGGUUUACAGGGUUUGAUAAAUCACAGUGCAGGUGCUAAAUGAUUCCAUUUGCAUCUGCUCCUCCCAGAAUUUUGCCCAUUCUGAUGAUCUACAUACAUUCGGCAUAUUCAUGAAGGCAAACACACUAAAUUGAUUGCAUGUGCUGUUUUGCUCCUUUGACAGAUGCGAUCCUUGGUGCACCUGGUUAAUAGAUCAAGAUUGCAUGUGUUUUUGCACACACAAACCUUUAGUAGAUCAGGCCCAUAUUGUUUUAUUUUGAAAAGAGGCCAGAUGUUUUAUUUUGUAUCUGUGCCCGACUUCCUUUCCAGCAGGUUUCCAAGUUAAUCUGUGCUGAAUUUAUCUGGCAUGCUCUGACAUCCGGAAAAAAUAAGAUAGCUUUGGUACUAUUACCAUCCAUUUAAGUGAAUUCGCCCCUCAGAUGUCACUUAUCACAUUGCUUUGAAAUUCGGGGUACACAGUAAUUGGUCCCCUGAUGAUAAACCCCAAUGAUUGUUUUACCCUGAUUUUCCCUCUAGUGCCAACACAAGGCUCACAAUCACAGUUUUUAAAUUUAGGUUUAUAUGCCAAAUCCAAUAGGUAGGUUUUCAUGUCCCCUUGAACCUUAACCACCUCUGACAUUUACAUAAAAAAAUAUGUAACUCUCACCUUUAAAUACUCAGAGUGAAGUUUUAUUUUCCUUUUUGCCUACAGAUGAACAAAUACAGUAAUAAUUUGCUUUGUGUUGUCUUCAGUCAUUCCAGAAUGAAUUUCAUUGUUGCUCUACAGAAAAAAAGCAGAAAAGGCAUACAUGCUCAGGCAUUUGGAAGCCAAUGCAACAUAGUUUUAAUGUGUAUUACAACCCCUUUAUAAACUGUUUCUUCUUAAUUCUGCCAUUACUUGGAUUAAGUCGCAUCUUGCACAGAUUAUUCUGUAUGCUUGUUCCAAGUGUUCAAAGAAGUGCUCUGAUGUUUACAUUGAGUGAAAUAUUCAAACCCAAGGAUUCAGGAUGAUUCACCGUGACUGUACAAUCAGUGAGGUGUUUAAAUACUUCAGCUUGUGACUACAAAAACGUCUUUCAUCUUUUGCACACCUAAUCUGCUAGAACUGGACGUUUGAGAAUCGCAGUGACACGGAGAACAUCACAGACACAACAGAGACUUUGUAUCUGCUGUUUUAAAACUAAACAGAUGAGACAGUGCAAAGUGUGAGAAAGAUAUACAAAGGCAGCGAGUUGUACACACGAUAAACAUCACAUUAGGGAACUAAACUUAGAUGUAGCACAUCUAAUGUCUAUUUUGAGUCUUUAUUGUAAACACUUAGUUUUUAAGUGUGUGUUAGUGUGUGUGCUCUCAUAACAUAAAUUUGUAGUUAAGGAUGCACACACAUCUCAACCUCCCAAUAUCUAUAUACAGCUCUCACAUGUCCUUUUGGUCCACACGCUUCACCAUCCAGCAGCUCUUGAGUCUGCUCAGGUCGGGUUCAUGCUGUCUUCCUGGAAGGAUGGUCCACUGUUGGUGGUCCAGCUGUGGAUUCCUGCUCCAGAGAUCGAGAUACUGUCGUGAACUUCAAUGAUAAAUCUCAGCUCAGGACAGUAUCUCGAUCUGAGGCACAAACCAGAGUCACUCUGAGGGCCCAUGCCUUGAUAGGUGGGGCUCAGUGAGCCCUAAAUACUGCUAUUAAUCUCCAUCAUGGCGGGUUUGAGAGCAGGUGAGGUGUGUGUGAUAGGAGAAAUAAGUGUGUGUUCGUAUCAGCAUUCAAUUUUAGACAAGACUCUUUUUUUCGUGCUUAGGACACCUGAACCCUGAAAGCUGUUCGAAACCCUGCUAUGAGUAUUCUGAAUUGACACAACAAAAAACUCUCUAUAGAUGAGAAAAAUGACAUUAGGGCUCCUGAAACCUUUUUAUGGUAACAUUGGUUCUUUAAACUUUAAAGCAGAAGAAUGAUGUCCCAUUUUCUUAGCAAGCAAAAUUUUUCAAGAUUUCCCCUCUUCGGUUGUGAUAUAAAAAGACUGUUUCGUGGUUUGUUGUCUAAGCAGACUCACUGGCUAAACCCACAGGAUCCCGAACGGCUCCGCUCCACUCCAGACCGGCAGGCGGAUCAGAUCCGCAAGCAUACAGCGCCCACCGGAUCAGAUCCCCCGCCGCCAUCGGAGGAUAAGCGCUCGCGAGAUUGACCGAUAUUUCUCGCGAGACUAGAGGUCUCACAAGCUCGCACGUGUUUCCCCAGGAGUCAUAGAAUGAGAUCCACACCCACAUCUCACAACCCUAGCCUCUCCUAUUAUCAAGUGAAGAACAGUUCAAUGUAUUGACUCUAUUUCAUUUUUAAAAUUAAUCAGAUAUUUUACUCUGUAACCGCAUACAACGUCCACUGCUGCUCGUGCUGCGCUGCACUGAUACGCUGUGCUCUGGCAUCAGGCAAAAAUAGAAGCCUGCAUAUCUGAUCCGGCCGCCGGAGGCGAUUCGCAGUGGAGCCGGAUGCCCAGCACAUUCUGUGGCAUGACACACAUUGAUUUUAAUGCUUGUGGAUUUGAUCUGCCGGCCGCGCUGGAGUGGAGCUGAGCGGAGCGGAGCCGUUCCGGAUCCUGUGGGUUUUGCCCGUUAGGAAGUCCUGAAAUUCACACAGAAACUUGAGUGAGUUCUGCCCCUGAGAUGAACCAAAUGAAUAUGUGCCCCCAUAAAAUCGUCCUUAAAGUUGACCGGAAGUUGACUAAUAUUUUUUUUCCUGAUGCUAAUUAUGAGCAAAAUCCCAUUAUUCUUGAUUUAUGGCAUUUAAAAAAAUGCAACAACUUAGAGUCCUACUCAGAUUGUACUCAAAAUGUUCUCAGUGGUCAAUAAAUUGUGAUUAUGAACAUUUUAAUUAAAAUCACGCUAACUGUGUCAUUUUCAAAGGCUUGUCUUCUGCAGAGCUCCAGUAGCUCAUUAGCAAUUCGCAUCUGAGUUGUGGGCGGAGACAGCGCUGCUCUGUACACUCCUCUUCAUGCUCGCUUGUAGCCUAAGACUGCUGGUGCAGCAGAAGUGGCAGGUAACAUAGGAGCUGUUCAGCUCUCAGACACUUAUGUCUUUGGGGACAUGAUGAAAGUUAAUAUCAUAAUAUGCUUCCUUGCAAGCAUUGCAAUCUGCUACCACACACACCUGUUCCGAUUGUCCUCUCUACUUCUUGGAGUCCGGCUACACAGUAGGAAAUCCUACUGCAUCUGAACCUGCUAUUUGGGUCUAACAGAGGUUCACAGUGAUUUCAAUGCAGAAAUACACAGAAAUGCAAUUUUGCUCUUAGUUUUCUCAUGAUAUCAGAGAAAUGCCAUGUGAACAUAUAGACAACAAGAAAAACAUGAUUUUUAUGGGAAUGGAUUUAUGUGUAAAUUGUAAACACAGGGCUGACACCCACCCUUUCACACAGGUUUUGUGCAAAUAAAGUUAUGUACAAAGGGUUAUUCUGUAGAUUUCAUAAUAGGACUGAAAUUGUGACAGAAUAAAUAAAGUGAUAAUCCACAAAAAAGCACACUCAAGUUUUGAGAAGAUGUGAAAGAUGUUGAGAGGUGAUCCUUCUUAAUGACAGCAUCUAUGGGCUGAAUAGCAGCUCACCUGAAACAAAACCCUGGGGAACCCCACAUUUAAUAUUUGCUUCAAAACAAAUCCAAAGGUUCUGGACUGGGUUGUUCUGAUGGGUUCUUACAUAUUUGAGGAGUGCAGUGCAUGUGUGAAAUUAUCAGGAGUGUUAUGUAAAGGGUCUGGGAGUGAAUGUGCCUUCUACAUACAUCACAUAGGUUUAAAGACCUGCACAGAGAAUGGGGUCUAAAGGGACGGAUUCUGCUUCUAAGAAUUGAGCUGCUUAUUUUGAAGUAGGGCUCGGUUAUCUACAGUAAAAGGAAAAUUCUGUUAUUUUUCCCGCCAAAAGACCAUCAAUCAGAUCUGCUAAAGCUUUGCUACAUUCAGAUUGAUUUGGUGGAAAUAUGUGUGCAUGCACUUGAAUUCAUGAUAUAUACAUGUACAAACUCCUCUCACAGUUGGUGUUCAAGGGUUUGAUCAAAUUGGCGAUCGCUUAAGCCCGUCAGUAUGUGUGCUUCAUGUUUAUAUGCAUGAGAACAUGACGUCAUAGAUAAGGAUUAAAGUGCCAUGUUAAUGACUCAAGCAGCGUCAUGACUCGUGGCUGAGCAAAGCCAUCUUAGGCCAAAGUGUUUGUGUAUUCAAUGAACUGAUGAGAUGCAAAUGUAGCUUCCUGGAAAACUAUGAGUGUUGAAUCAUGACCCAAAUCUGCAUAAGGAGGCAUGACCAUAGAUGCCUUUGACAACCAUUAAAACUCAGAAUUAUAGUCAUGAUACAGAUCAGUCACCCAAGAAAGGCUUAACUCUUCCCUCCAGAAUAUGCAAAAUUUUGUUGGGUUUAUUGGAGGAAAGUUUGACAAGAAUUUGAUUUUUACUUUCUAUUAGUUUUAAAUGAUGUUUCUCUGUGAAGGAGGGUGUUGUGCCUUUCAACAUCUAUGACAAAGAAUGCAAAGUGACAAAGUUUGGUGUCCGCACUACAUAUAUGUAAAGUUUCAAAUUACAAGGUAAACGUAUUUUGUCAUAAUCCUAGACAAAAAAUGUAAACUACUCAAAUCUCAGACAAGAGGUUAUAGUCUAUGUGCGAGAUUUACUAAAAUUCUUACAUACAAAUUAUAGACUGUCCUUAGUGGUACAUCUGAGCUGAGCCAAAACAUUGAGCUCCUUGGCCAGCUUCUGAAAAAUACUCCGGAGAGAGGCUUGUGAAAAUCAUGUAAAGCUAUUAAAGAGGAAUCAGGAAAGAAGUAUAGAGUCAGAAAAAAUUGCAUAAUAUCCCCCUUUAAGUUUUCAUAUUUUAAUAAUAACCUGUUUCUAGUUUGGUAUUUUUAGUUUAAAGCUCCUGUAAGGAACUCUGUGCUUUGUGAUUAUGGCACCCCCUGUGGACCAAAGUGGCACUUAUUAUAUUGUUGCUGAUUGUGUUGUGUCCUGGUUAAGUGGUAUUACCUGACAAAAAAUGUCCUCCUGUCAUCUUUUGCAGUGGAAUUUAACCCUGGCUGUAGUACUGUUUCUGUGAUGUACCUUUUCUCUCACAGCAGUUUCAGGCAUUAAAGUCACUGAUUUCCUUUUUUUUUCUAAUUCCAAGUAUGACUCUUUAAUAACCCAGCAGUCUUUAUAACCUUAAUGACCUUCUCCUCUUUUGUUAAUUAAUAAUUAUCAUUUAUAAACAUUUCACCUUAUGUGGCAGCAACUCUCCUUGUCCCCCCUCAUGGUGUUGCAAGGUAUCUACAGCCACAUGAUGCAGCGUAACUACGGCGACACAGCACUCUGUUGGCAGCACAAGGCCGUCUGUCAAACAGGCAUCUCGGCCUCUCAAUCAAAGACACUGUUUACGGGAACUCACACACACCUGGGACUGACACACACUCUGCUCUGCACCACGGGAAAAACAUUAAUCACACACACACACACGCGCGCGCGUGCUGGAGGAUACAGAGCACAUUCAACAUGCACACACACACGCAUGCAUACAGGUGCAAUACAGGUGUUUCAGCAUGCAUACUUUAAAACUGUAACAAAAAGUGUGAAGUGGUUCUCAACACAUUGUGUGCAGCAUGAUUGUUUAUCAGCAUGUGUAUUAUCAUUCAGAUCCAUAUUAAAUAUGUAUUGCAACUUCAGUUAUUAAAACUGAAAAAAAUAUGAAUGUUGUGCUCUCUAGUCAACAGCCUCACUAGUAACUAGAAAGAACUGAACAAGAUGCUAGAGGCUGGAUUCGAUUAAAAUUUUAGAAAAAGCCAUUAGGAUGCUGGAGUGUAUUGUCAGUUUUUGUUUCGGCCAACACUUUUCCUUUAAAUCCCACAAAAAAGGUUCAUGCGACAAGUGUGGACAAAUAACAUGAUACAACCAGUCUGUGGGGUUGAAACCUGAUCUUGACAUGAUAAAAAAACAGCACUUUCUGUCCAUCUGUAUGUGUGAGCUACACGAUGUUUUACUCUUUGUAUUGUGAUUGGAGAAGAUAUGAAUUCAAUCACAGAUUUAAAAGAAAAAAAAAAUUGGGCUGCUUUCACAGUGGAGUCCAAUGCUAAACAGUAGUAACAGUAUGUCACGUUCUGUGUUUUACAUUGUAGUGGGCCAAGCGUGGUGCAGCAGAGAGUUGUUGGCACCUCCACACAGGCUGUUUAACGCCUGGUGGGAGAGGUGCUGACAGGCCGACUGCUCCCUAAUUCUACAGCCAAAAGGAAUGAUCAGAGAAUGCACUGUAUGUGUGUGUGUGUGUGUGUGUGUGUGUGUGUGUGUGUGUGUGUGUGUGUGUGUGUGUGUGUGUGUGUGUGUGUGUGUGUCUGAGCAAUAUGGAUGUACAGCAUGAUGGGGGCUGGGGCUGUUACUCUUACCCCAUAAAUUCAUUGCCAAGUUGCAGUUUUGCCCACACUUUUAAUACCACAAGCAAUAUUAUCCUUACAAUUUACUAUCAUGUUGCAGCAUGCCUUAGAUCUCUCUUUCAAUAUCAUAUGCAAUAAUACCGAACAUUUUGUUCAUGCACAGGUCAUAUACAUUAACUGAUCCAUAAUGCAGCUUAUCCUAUAGUUGUUGCAGCUGCUCUCUGAGAGAUACUUUAUGGUGUUUUAAGGUUUUGCAUGGUUUCAGUACAAACUUCUCUCUCAUGAAGUUUAAGUUGAGCUGCUUCUUUGAAGAGUUUGUUGUAGCAGUAACAUAUGGUAAAAGUUGAUGGGGGAACAAUGCUUUUAUCUAUGAGCUGUAUGACUCAUAUCCAUGAGUCUGUGUGUGUGUGUGUUUGUGUGCGGUCACUCCCAGUCUUACUUGUCUAUACAAUACAUUAAACACAAGCUUAUUUAUGACUAAAGUCUAAAUUGCUUAACACACUUUGACUCUUUGUAUCAUUAAAAAAUUGCAAAGUGAAGCGGGAAACUGCCAGUUCUGGGACAACACUCAAAUUCAAAUCCGGCACUGUUGUUUUUAGCAAACUGAUAACUGAACACAUGGCAUUAACCACUCCUUCAUUUUACAAAAAGUGCACUGGCUCCCCAUUCAUGCUUAACAAAAAAGCUGGUCUAGACUGUAUUCUAGACCCUCUCCCAUCCCACCUUCAACCAUACGAGUGUAGCACCUAACACCAUUUCGCAAAAUACAGUGGAGAGGAGAAGCUUGCUUUAAUAGGCAGAAACCUCGAGCAGGACCAGACACCUGUAAGAAUCAUCAGCUGAGAAUAAGCUGGGGGAUAGAGAGAGAUACAGAAAGUGAGAGAUUGACAGAGGUGAGACCGACAAAGUUAAUGACACAGACAGAAAGAGGAUGGAGAAUGGGGGGAAGGUGCUCAAGAAUUUGACGGCAUUUGUACCUGAUAGUAAUACACCCCAAAGCAUUACUGUAAAGAGACUGCCUUAUACUGCAGUAAGAUGAUAUAAGUGUAUUAGCAGAUGUUCUAUUUAGGAUAGAAUCAGAGGCUAAAUACAACCCAGUCCACUGCAAACGGCACCAUCUGGCAGACAGGGUGCCCUGUUACAUUGAAAGCGUUUUACAGAAGAAUACACUGUAGUGUAGUCUGACACUCAGAGAUUCAUUUCACCCACCCUGUUGUUUUUCAGAAUUCAGUGUUGGUUACUUCAUAUUGUAGCAGUUUUGUUAAGCCCUCCUUCUGUUCAAAUGUGUACACACCUUCAAUAAGAAAAUAUUAGAAAGAGCUUGAGUGUGUCUGUCGGCUGUAACCUCUCCACACAGUCAAAGUCUAUACUAAAAAAUGAAACAAAUAGCCUGAUAAUCUGGUUGUUGACUGUGUGAGAAGCAGCCAUGUCUUCAUGACACAAAGAGCAACGCAGCGAGGCGUCAGCUUUUGAUUCAUCAGGUUUUUUAUGGUCAGAGGAAUGAGUUUACAGCAACACGCCAGAUGUGGCUAACUCACGUUAACGGUAAUGGUGCAGCAUUAAGCGAGUUAUGAUGAACUCGGCUGUCUGUCUUUUACGACCGCUACUCUGCAGUAAAUCCUCAGUGUGUUUGUGGACUGUACUGUGUGGAUGUGACACAUUUGUGGAUUUGCAGCUGUUUAAUUAAGGUUGUCUAUACAAGCAUGACAGUGUGAGUGUGGUAGACCUGUCUAUGGUUCUGUCAGUGGUUGUGUUCUUGCACUAUCAUCAUAAUAACGACCCUGAAUUUACACAUUGUUGGGUUUUUGUAUGUUGGAUUGAUUCCUAUAUGAGAUAUUUGCAUGUGUGUAUGUCUUAUACUUCCAUCAUUAUGAGGACCCUGGUUUUACGCCUUAAUAGAUUACAGUUAUUUUAAAAGAACCGAUUAUUUGUUUUAUUACACACUCUCCAGCUUUGACUGUAGAAGGACAUUUGUUUUAGCAUUGUGUGUAUGUGUUCUUGUAAUUAUAGCUUUGCAAGGACCACACUUUUACACAGUUUGAUGAGGCUGCUGUUGAAGAGCAAAAAUAAAUAUAUAUAUAUUUUGAUAGUACAACCGCCAAGUUUUUGUGUACUAGAUUUCAUGUAGGAUUCGACAGUGUGUGCACUUGUGAGGAACUUUGGUCAUACCCCCCAAUGGAGGACAUUUUGAUAAAAUUGCUCUCUUAAUUCAGACAACCUGACAGGAUUGUGUGGACUGGAUUUGGUUAUGCCGGGGAAUUUUGUGUGUGAAUGUGUGUUCUCAGGCUUCCAUCUUUGUGAGGACCUGGUAUUACUCUGUGAGAGUGAGGACAUGGUUUUUAAAGACCAUAGAAGCUUUUAGUACCUUUGAAUAUAUGACAAAAGUGGACAUCAAGCUUUAUUGCACUUCAGCAAGCAGUUAGAAAUCUCAGUUAUUCCUUGGUAUGUAAUUUUUGCUUUCUUGUAAUCAAAGUCAGCAGCUCUACUUAAGGCUUAAAUGUGAAACUGCACCUUGAAUACCAUGUAUCUAUGCUAAUAGAUUGUGUUGAACUUUAAAACUAGCACUGGUGAGUCAUGUUAGCUGUUUGCGUUUCUUAGCAGUUGUGUGCAUCAAUUAAUAGGCACAAUAUGAUGUUAGCGUCAUGCCAAUAAACAACUAAGUGGUUAUCAAACAUGGUUGAAUUUUGAUUUGCAUUAUGUUUCUGCUGGGUGGCACAGUGGUGUAGUGGUUGGCACUGUCACCUCACAGCAAAAAGGUCCUAGGUUCAAAUCCAGGUCAGGGUGUUUCUGUGUGGAGUUUGCAUGGUCUCCCUGUGUCUGUGUGGGUUUACCCCAGGUACUCCAGUUUCCACCUACAUCCCAAAAACAUGCAGAAUUGGGGUUAAGUUAAUUGGCCACUUUCAAAGUGCCUGUGGAUGGUUGUUCAUCUCUAUAUGUCAGCCCUGCGAUGACUUUAAUGCUACAAAGUCCCAGAACUUGGCAGAUAAAUCCAUAAUUAGCGCUAAUAAACAAUGAACUAAUAGUUGCUUUUCUAUAUGUGUGCAGCUCAGGGUGAUCAGCUGAUUUGUGAGCUCUCUCAGAGGUUUGUUCAUUUAUGCUAAAAGCACACUUAAAGUAGUUCAAGGAAGUUACUUGCUAAAUGUGAUUAAAAAUAUAUAAAAAAAUAAUUCAUUAUAAAUUAUAAUGGAGAGGCUGUAAUGUUCCAGCUUUUUCUGGUGCGCCUCCCGAUUCUAGUGCUACAGUAACUGAGCAAAGACUUGUGUACAGGAGGGAAUGGUAAAGAGGACACUGAGCCUGAAGAGAUGUAAAAAGAACAUUAUUCAGAUUUUGUAAUUUGCAUGAAUUAGCUCGAGGCUGUUCUCCCACAGAACAUUUACUAUUUCUUAUAGCCUUUUGGGCAGGUUCAGGGUCUCAGGUGUAGCCCCUAAUGGUUUAAUCUACAUUUAUGAGUUAUGAAACUCUACUGUUGCCCAAAAUAUAUUUAGAACAGGAGACAACUUCAUUGGGUUAUUCUUUAAGCUGUGUCUUGUGUGCUCCAGCAGUGAGAUAUACAGCCAAUAGUCUUCAAGGGAAGGCAAAGCUGCAAAAACAACUUUUUUUUUGGUACAUAUCCAUUUUAUGUCUGAAAUUCCCAUCAUCCCAUAAGACUGAAUAAGAAAGCCACAGAGGAACGUGCACUAAGUAACUGCAGAAUGAAUAAGUCACUGACACGUUUAAACCCGCUGCUAAAUGACUGCUGCUAAAUGACCCAGUAAAAGACUGUGGUUGUAUUGGGCAGAAGGUGCUGUGCAGUGGUAAGAGUGUACUAACAAGAUGGAGCAUCGCUGAGCUGCAGGUUGCAUGCUCAUCCAGUAUGCCCUUGCAUGCAAUAUGCAAUGAAUUUCACUGCAUGAAAACAACAUCAUACGAAGCCUAAUGCAUUUUUUUUUCUUGAGAAAAGAAAAUAUGCUCUCCACCUUCUUUAAAGUUUUGAUUUUAAGAUUAAGAAAACAAGAUUUCUUUACAUUCAAACAGUUUACAUCAUAAGAUUGCUUCCCAAUGGAGCAGCAACUAAAAAUACAAUUAAAAGUCAAAUCUUAAAGACAUCUGGCCAUGUAUCAAACUAGGAUAAGGCAUUAUAGAUCCAGCGGCGUGUGAAAACAGCUAUGGUAAGUAUUCAACCAUUAGUCAAAGAUCUCUAGGUCAUGUGGUGGCUAGAAUGUGAUAUUAAUGUUUGUUAGUGUUACAGAGUGAUAAUUUUGUGUACAAAAAUGUUGAUUUUUUUCAUGAUGAAAUAGAAAUGGUGACCUAAAAUAGUAAAUAAACUGAAAACCAAUUAGCCAUUCUGGUGACUAUAGUUGUUUGAACCUAUCAUUCAUGUGCAGCAGACUUCAUAUUCAUUGUUGUUGGAUGAUUUUUCACUGGUGAGAAGUCUUAAAACUAGCUAUUAGUUAUCCUAUCAAAAGCCAAACAAAGCUCCCGCUGGUAGCUGCCAUUAUACUCUUUUUUUUUUCAUUUAACAACCAGUAGAAAGAUCUUUAAAAAAAAAAAAAAAAAAGACAAAACUGUUUAGCACGCCCCAUGCAUGGGGACCAUGGUCCCUGCAGUGGUUGCAGUUUGAGUCUGGCCCCAACCAUGUGCUGCAUGUCCUCCCCCCUCUCUCUCUAUCUCCCCACAUUUCCAUGCUAUCCUAGCAGUGAAGGCAAAAAUUGCCCAAAAAAUACUGCAAAACUGAAAAAAUUAUGAUUAAAACAUUGACUGAAAUUAGAGCAGAAUCAGCCCUGAAAACUGAGUUCUAAAUCUGGACUACAAUAAACACAAGACAGAGGGACUGAAAUAAACCACUGUAUUCUGGAAAUGACUAAAACCAAAUUAAAAAAUCUUAGCAAAAUGAACACUGCUACUGAAUAUAACAGGAUGGGUUUGAUAUCCUGCAUUGUCUCUGAACCAGCCCCUUGGUGUUCAGCCAUCAUCACCUUGAUGCGAGAAGAUCUGAUGUGAUACAUUCAUCUGAGUUGAGCAAUGAGCUUAGCAAGCAGCAAUGAGUACAGGGAUGAGUCCUCAGCAGAUACACAUACACCACCUCAUAUGGUCAGGUUUAUGGAGCUGUAUCCAGUCUGAGAAGACCCAUUUAUACAUACAUUUUUAUAGUAACAUUACACUAUGGCAUUGUAUUCAUGGUCAGACCUGGAUUUGCCUUACAAAGCACGUGGAAGCCUGUGAUAGCUGGAUUCCUUUGCCCUAUUGAAUAUUUUUAAAGUAAUAAACCAUUGGCUAUAGUAAUUAAAUAUCAGAGGUCAUGCAUCAGAAUUUUUUAGAGCAAAACGUGAACUUUUAAAAUCACUGUGUUUGAAAAUCUACAGUUAAAAACUCAAGGCUUUUCAUUUACAAACAGACUGAAAACAGCAAAUCCUGAUACUUUCAAAGCUGAAAUAGUAAUGUUUUAGUCUUCACUUGAAAGAUCGCUAAAACAAGCCAUUGAACAUAUUGACAUAGACUGGAGUAUACUGGUUGAGACUUUUUCUGGUUUUGAUCAUAUUUUGUUUACAGCAUUUAAAUUCAAACAGAGAAACCAAGUUAUUUACAUCCUUGUCAACAAAAUAUAAGGGCUGACUAUUUUUCUCAUUUUUGAAACACAAAAUAUGGCAAUUUUGAAAUCUGAGAAAACCAGGCUAUUUAAAAACAAACAUCACAUCACAGAUGUGGCAUAUCUGCUUUGUUUCCUUUCAAGACAUUGGGCUCUAUUUUCGUGCGCGCCAGUGAGGCGGCGGAGGGCGGCGAGCCCCGCGCAGUUGUAUUUUCGUCUGGCGGAGCCCGGCGUAAGGCCAGUUUGGUAUUUUCGUGGACUGAGCCACACGAAGGCGAGCCGAGAUCCGCCAAGCUGGGCGUGGUGGCGUGGCAGGGGGAGGUGUCGACAGAAUCAGCUGGCGCAGUGACAUUUUCGUGCUCGCCACCGCCGUGUAAAGUGAGCUGAAAGCUCGCCGAUUCAAACCUGGUCAGCUUUCAGCGCAAGGCGGAACGCAGCUGGUCCAGUAGUAUUUUGGCGGCGUAUUGACAUACGUCACUGAUGCCUCACCGGCAGGUUUCCACAGUGUCAGGCACAUUUCAGUGCAAUAAAUAAUCAUCAUCAACUAAUAAUCUGAGUCAGCACAUACAUUUAGAUCUAUAUAGAUAUAUUCUGAUCUAUAUGUGAUCUGAUGAGCGCGUUUGGCACGCAUUUGGACACACAACCUGACCGAAUCAACACAGCUGAAACCGCAUCAAAUUAAAUUAAAUAUCAAGUAAAUAUUCACACAUGAUGAAGUUAACUCGAUAUGUAAUUCGUCUCCCUCCUUUUCUUUCUUCCUCUUCCUCUUAUUUCUCGCACAGCUCGACCUGGACACGUCUCCGUGUCCUCUGUCCGUCUUGCUGCUGCUGCGGCUGAACAGAUGAUUUGUUUUAGUGCUCAGAUGCAUGAUCUACUUUAAGCCGACAUACGGAUAUUAUAAUAUUCAGUUUUGUGAGCCAAAUUUAUUUUAUAUGCCAACAUCUAUGAAAGACAGAGCCAGGCCACGGAGCGCGAUGCGUCAUUUACGCACAGAUGGUUCCGAUUUUAAUGCCAUUUUUGGAGUUUAUGUUGUGAUCUGUGCGCUCAACCCACCUUUGUCACGUGAAGUUUGAAUAUGAGCAACUUUAUUUGAGUGUCUUUAUUUGUGGAAAAGGGUGUUUGUCUUACCACUGGGUCCAACAUUACACACACUAAAUCCAUCUGACACUUGUUGAGGAGCUGCCCUCUGUCGCCAUCUUGUGGCAUUGCUGUCUUAAGACAUCUCUUGAUCUCUUUGACUACGUCAUGAAAACAGUAAUACGCCUCGCCUGUGGCGGAUUUAAAGGCAAGGAGAGGAGCUUAUGUGAUUGGUGAAAACAGGUCUCGGCUGUGUUAAACCCACUACACGCCCUUUCUCCUCCCCGUCUAUGACUUAUGCUGCCGGGAGGAGCUGAGUUAGGGAGGGGGGAUACUUACGCCGGGCUGCGCGGCUCACCAAAAUACCAAAAUGUGCUUGGGAACGCCUUGUCAGCGCGGCGGAUCUGACUGACGCUGCGCUUGCGGCACGUCUCCGGCGAGGCACCAAAAUAGAGCCCAUUACCUUCAUUGGUAUCUGAACUUGUCGCCUUCGUGCAUCCUAAAGCCGGGCACACAUUACAAGCGAUAAUCUCACAGAUUUUAGGCAGAGUCCCCUCUUGUAACCAAGUCAGUUGGCCAAUCAGAAAGAGAGUUAACCAAAGACAGAAUGACAACUAAUGCAACCAUGGCAACGAUAAUAAAUGAAGAGCAUUAACUGAGACAAAUAACAAGGGGUGGUGUUAAAAAGAGAGUCCUUCUUCAAUAGAUAUACCUUAAGUUAAGAAGCUAGCAACAGUUAGCUUCCAUAGUCUGCAGUGUUUGUUUACGCUCAAAUCCCAUUUGACCACGAGAGACUUCACAAGUUUUCAGUUUUGAGAGUCUGGACUCACUUCAUGUGUACAUUGGUUUUUCUAUUUUUUUAUGUUACGGAGGUGAUUGCAUGACGUGGGGAAGCUGCAGGAUGCUAAAACUAGUUGAUAAGUCUCCCCAAGGUCUGGGCCUGACUUUAUGAAACCCCAGUGUUAUGCUUCAUGCCUAGGUUGCUGGGAGGGGCAUUAGAAGCUCUUUGGAAGGUUUUUGUUACUAAGUAUGAUGGCACUCUUUGCUUUAAUUGUAGCACAGGUACCUUGUGUUUGUUUCAAAAUGAUCUUUUAGCUUCAACAAACAUCAGUCAAAAAUAAGGCGACAAAGCCUUUAAUGGCAAAGAUUAAAUUUAAAGAAGGUAGCAUUUCUAUUUUGGGUCGUACUGACAUUGUUAACGAAGGAAUAAUGGCCCUGCUUUUGUGUGUUUGCUACUGUGAAACCUGUGAUUUUGAUGUGCAAGCUGCUUCACUCAUGCAAACAGCUGAUGACAUGGUGGAGAAUGUGAUUGUGCUGUUUUUCAGAGAGCGGGGAGAGCUGCUUCCCUGCAGCAGGUACGGUGCUACAAGAGUUGAGUCAGAAUAAAGCAAAACGAUUCAGCAGUUUCCUGAAGCCGCCCAGAGUUUGAGUCCAGGUCAGUGCAGUGACAGCAGCAUGUGGACACAAAAUGGCCUCCGGCUCGUCUGCAUGUUUGUUGCUUUGUAACACUGCUGACAGACAGGUGACACAUGCAAAACUACUCGACUUUGUUUUGUGCAAGUUUGCAGUCAAUGGCCCUCAUUUAUCAAGCUUGCGCAGAUCUGAGCGCAGGAUUCAUCGUACGAUAGGACACACAUGAGAUUUAUGAAAGGGUUCGUAUCUGACCAAUCCCAGUGUAUGUAUGAUCAGGUCUUGAUAAAUGCGGCGGCUGAAAUCGAUCGUCAUUAACAUGUUUACACCCUUAAUUUUUCGUGGUUCAGAAGCCUCGCCCACUGAGGUCAAACAUGAAAGAGGAGAAUUAUUAAAAAGAUUCGAAACUUUUUCGAGCUGAAAGUGGAUAUCCUCACAUCUGUGGUGGAAACUAACAAGGAUUUUCUCUUUGGAAGCAUAAAAACUGGUAUAAAAGCAGUCCAGAAAACUCCUGUCUGGAGCAGGAUUAUGGAGGCGCUAAACAACGCUGGAAUAGUGGACAGUGGCUGAAGUUUGAAUAAAUCAUUUGUCAAUAAGUUGCUCAUGAUGAUAAAUUAAUAUCUCAUACAUGCCUCAUAUUUGUUUAUUGGUAUGACAUAGGGUACGUUGCUCCUAUUAUUGAAAGUAUUUAGUUUUAAUUUGUUGCGUCUUUGUAAUGUAGAGCAGACUGGAGAGUCUGACAGAGGCUGAACAAAAAUAAUUAUUAACGUCACCAAACGGUGUGUUGCUGCCCCUCAGGUACAUUUUUAUGGAUUUCUAUUGGAUUUUUAUCACUGAUUAAAUAGCAAGAGCACUUUCUAAACUUAUACUUUACAUGUCAGAAUCCAUCGAUAAGGUCCUGUCUCCUCUGUACAGCACCUUUGUGGAGUCUCUCCUCGUUAUUGUUCUCCAGGCAUCAGGUCCUCACUUUGCACCGGCACAGCCAAUGGCACUCCAUUCACCAGUGCAACACUGUGCAAAACUGAACUGACCCAAAUGAUGUCCCACACCCUUUCAGGAGUGUCCAAUAACGUCCCCACUGCUGGGCCAAGACAGAGACACCUGCCUUUUAGGAGUCAAACGCAGCGCUCCACAGUGGCGCAUGUGCAUGUGUGCGUAAUGUUAAAACAGCGCUCCUGCUCUGUGGCAGUGUUUCUGGGCAGAGUUAUCAAAUAGGUCUAUUCACUAAGGACAUAACAAAUUUAUUUUAUUUUAUUUACUUCUUAAUCUUUAGUGAAAUCUGGCUGAUUGCGCUUAACCUCAAACCUGUCUUUAAGACAGGUUUGUUUAUCAGUUAUUUUCAGACAGACAUUGGCUGCACCGCAGAUCCACACUGACUCAAACUUGCUUUGGUCGUAGCGUACGCUCAUGUGCAGAUUGAUAAAUGCCGAUCCUCACGUCAAAUUUUUCGUACGCAAGUUUUCUGCCAUAUGCCAGCUUGAUAAAUGAGGGCCAAUAUGUGUUUGUGUGAGGGAUUCUUUUUUAAGUGUGUCAGUGCAGGCACUUUCUUCAAACCUCAUUGUGAGUUAAGCGACUGUUAAAACAAACUGCGUUGCCAUCUGCUAACUGUACAGUGGAGUGUCACUUCUCCUCUCUCACAACAUCUCGUUCGUCACUCUGUGUUUUGAUGCUCCAGAUAGUUUGCUGUUGACUCUUUGGAAAAGCUCAGCGUUGGAUAUGUAAUGUCAGAAGAAAUAUCACAAUGCUUAAAUUGAACACCCUCGAACAGAUGCCUUCACAUUAUGGAGACACUGUGUCAUAUAGCUAUAAAUUUAAAAGUCUCAAGAAUGAGCUGAAAUAUUCAUUAAAUUUAAAAUGAUUUAUCGCUGUAGCUGAGUGACUUAAAUGAACUUUAAUGCCCUUUUCUUUGUUUUAAAUUACAGACAAUUUAAGCGCCAACUGCCCAGGGUUAUUAUCACAUGGGUAAUCUUGUAAUUUGUAAUUUUUUUACAUUUACUGACAUUUCUUAUCAAAUCUCAAAUCUUAUCCUAUCUUAACAUUGGGUCUUUGUAAAUACAGUGUGGCCUAGACCAGGCAUAUAUAUAUAAAGAUUUAUUGAUUCGUUGAUUUAGCUGAAUUUACUGUCAAAAACUUUAUUUACAUGGCCUCUGUUAUUUGUGCAGGAAAGCACAGAAAAACUGCAGAAAUCCUUUGAAAAAAAAAAAAAAAAAGAAUUACUACUCCAAAUUACUGCGACAUUGAUUUAGAUUAGAUUGAUAUCAUUAGAGGACCUCUGUGUGCCCUGAAAUUUUACAGAUGUGUUUUAUUCACACAAGGUUGACAAUCACAGAAAUCCUCAGCAAUUAUUACAAAUUUUCAAAGGCCCCCAGGUAGUACUAAUCCUGUGUGAAUAGGGAUUUAGUUGCUAGAGUCAUAAAUUUAGGUGAACCCAACCCCCCCCAUCCAUCCAUAGUUUUAAAGUUUCUUAAACUUCUCCAAAUAUCUGAAGUCUUGCUCCAUGGAAUCUGUAAAUUUAGCUUCUUUUUGCACUAAAGGGUUUAAAGGCACUGUAUGGAGUUUUUGACUUAGUUGAGAAUCAGACUGAAACUGAUAUUGAUGCCCUUGUAUGACCUUUAAAAGCUGAAGAGACCAUCAGCAACAAAGGUGAUCGAUGAUUGACAGCAGGGGAUGCGUAACAGUGAUAGAUAUAUCCCAUCAGAAAGGUGUAUAUUUUCAACGAGGAAGGAGCUGGUGCUUUUAUACUCUCCUCAGACUUUUUUCAACUUCUCGGCUGGUGAAACGAAAGUGUUCUGAAGUUGUUGUGAAAUAUGGCUAACAGUCGGCCUCUCAGUUUCAAGAUGUUUAUGGAAGUAAAUAGUUAAUGAACUUUAGGAGAGGCAAAUAUUUUUGUUUUUCUUGUCAGGGCAUUUCACCCUCCCACCCUCCUUCUUCCUCUCUCUCUGUGCUCUGGAGUUUUUUGCUAAAUAUUCACAGAUAAAUUAGACAGUUAAGGGGAUAGAAGAGGAGGAAAGGAGAAGGAAGAGAAAUGACAGAAGAAAAGGGGAAGGAAAAGGAGGCAAGAGGAGGCAGAAAGGGAGAGAAAGAAGGAGGGAUGUGAUUUGGCCAAUCCAAACUCUGCAGCCGAUGGGUUUUCUUAAAUGAAAGAACAGAGGUGAGAGCUGCAGUGAGGCGCCUCUCAGAAUACUGGAUGCUCUCUCCUCCCCUCUCUCCCUCCCUCCUUCCCUCUGUCCCUCUCACUUUCAAUCCCUCCCACAUUCUCAAGGAAUCAAUAGUCGCAAAUUAAUCAUUCUGCCUAGUGGGUUCUGAAAGAGAGAGAGAGAGAGAGAGAGAGAGAGAGAGAGAGAGAGAGAGAGAGAGAGAGAGAGAGAUGAUUUGUAUAAAGAUAGCAGAGCAGCAGCAGUGUACAUAAUCACACCUUCAGCGCUUUGAGCCUGAUUAGAUGUUAUUCAUUGUUGUUUCACUUGUUUGGGGAUGAGUAAUCAUUGUUGUCAUGGUGAUUGUUGUGGCACCCCGUUAGAAACUCUUUGUAUCAUUUGACGGAAGAAAUCUCUCUUCUGGUCUUGGGAAUCCAGCAGUCUAAGAUUUUAAAGCCGUACCUACUCUUUGAAGACCAACCCUGCUCAAAAGUGAAACCAAAAGUUUCAGAAGUUUGUCUCAAUUUGAAAAAAGGAGAAAUGCUCUCUCUCUGCAUUUGUGUUGUCAGUCACGUGAACUUAAUUGGUGACAAAUAAGACACCAGUUUGCACUCAUUUGAGAUAUUUUUCUGGUUUGUGGUUACCAAAAAACUAAAACCUGCUCCACAAAUACAUGCUUAACUCUGACAAAUGAUGCAAAUAUUACAAAUUUAUCAAAUUUGUUGAAUUAUUUUCAGUAAGAUUCUUCCCUUAGAUUUCUUUAAAUGUCCUGUUUUUCAGCACAUUUCAUCUAAACUUUCCUAUGUUACCCUGUAUCUUGUUUUCUACAUGUGUAUUCUCUGGAUAUUUGGCUGUUUUCUUGCAAGUCUCAUUGUUGCAUUUUGAGAAUCACACUAAAGUGAACUCUGUUUAAAUGAUUAAUGGAGCUCCAGUGGUUGCUGAAAGUGGUUGAAUUGUAUUUUUGUUGUGAUACCAUAAAAGGUAAGGUAUGUUUUUUUUCUUCCCCCUUUUUUAAGGAAACAUCAGUAUUUUUACUCUCUGGGUCAUUGGAAUGUUUCCUCAUGUUCUCAGGGAAGCAGUGCCCUGACUAGAUAGUCUGUAAUCUCCUUGUAUUUGUAUUUCUGCUGACUCUCAGCACCUAUUUCAAGGCUGAUUAAUCUAUUGAUUUUUCAAUCAAUCUUUCAGUCCAUAAAAUGUCAAAAAUAAUGACAAGUGUUUGUCACAAUGUUCUUCUAGUGGUCAAGGAGACAUCUCACUUACUCUGACCGGCGGCAGAGGGAUUAAAGUAGAAACAAAUUUGAUCAAAUGUAGAUGUGCUCUAAAUGGUUAAACUUACAAUCUUGAAUUAAAAAACACAUAAGAGUUUCUUGGACUGUAAUAAUCCAGUUCUAACCUGCUUCAGGAGUAAAAUAGGGAGUAUCUUCUCUCCAGGCAAAGAGGUUAUUAUUAUUAUUAUUAUUAUUAUUAUUAUUAUUAUUGUUGUUGUUCUUGUUGUUGUUGCACUAUGAGCCCAUAAGCCCAUCUUUACAGCAAAAAUAAUCAUAUUUACAGCCUCAUUCAAGGAAAGAUUUUGCUCUGGAUCAUUCCAUUAACUCACAUUUUUGUUUGUUUGUUUGAUUGUUUCAGCAGCUCUGGAGUUUGGGGUUUAUCAAGGCAAUCAGCCGAUGUAAAGCUCCUGUGAAGAGAGUUUUUGACAAUUAUGAAAUAGACCGAAUAUCAUGUGGAUGCCUUUUUAUGAUAUACAAAAGCAAACAUGACCAUUAGAAGCAAGAGUGGCCAUUGUUAUGUCAUCAUUUUUAUCACCUCAAAACACUGUGAGGGGGUAGGUGUCAGCCAAGCAGCUAAAGAAACAGCUUUGUUUUGUUGAUUUCCAAUUAGCUGUAGAAAUACAUAAUAUUGACUAUUAAAAGUGAGAAAGGUGAGAUUUUUUUCGUCAAAGGACACCAUCUGACAAGAUAUGUAAAGACUGCUGUGUCCACAGGGGGGCGCCAACGUUGACACAAACUGAAAGUUCCUCACAGAAGCUUUACCUGACACAUAUGCCUCACUACACUCUGCCACUUUGACACUUAAUAGGUUGGAAAAGUCAGCCUGAGUCAGAAUUUCCGAUAUGGUAACCACCGUCAAUAUGUACUUGUACAGAGCUACAGAUUCCCAAGCACUGCAUAGGUGCGACAGAGUAAAAACAAACAAGCUAAUAAAGCCCAUAUAUUGUUCAAAUAAGUGCAUUCCCCACAAAUGUGAAAAGUUCAAGAUGUUGUUACAAGAAGUUUUAUAAAAUGGUGCAGAAAAAUUAAAUUUGCUGUAUACAAAAUAAUAAGAAUGCAGGAUUUUUUUUUUCCAAUUUUAGCUGUAGAAAUACAUAAUAUUGCAAUUAAUGUAUUCCUGAAUUUCUUAAUAUUUACCCCAAUCCAGGGCAACACCACUGCAAGUAUGCAGUAUUCUGCUGGAUGAUGUACACAUUUCACCAAUGUGUUGUUUCAUUUUUAAAUCUAAAGAAGUUUACAUAACAAUAUAGGAUCCAUGUGUAGAAAUAAUUAGAUUGAGACAGAAGUUGCUAAGAAAAAAAAGGCAGUAUGGAUGUGGAUGUUCUUAUGGUUCAUGCCAACCCUGAGUGGCCGGACUGACUGGGUUGAGCCACUCCAAACAAAAAUCUCUGGACACAUCCCUGCCUCAAACCAAAAACAACAAUAUUUACUCUAUCCUUAGUUCCAUUAUCAGCACUAUCAGACUAAAAGUGUGGACAGAUGGAGGACAAACAAGAAGAAAAUGGAGAGUUUGAUCAUUCCGCGAAUGUAGGGGGGAAGCACUAAGUGUAGGAAAGAACGAGGGGUGGAGAGGGAAAGGGAACUUGGGAGGUAGAGCAGAUGGAGAAACAAACAGAAUUAGGUGGAGAAGAGAAGGUUAAAGAGAUGGAGAAGAGGAAGACAGGGACAUGUAGAGUGCCAAACAACAUCUGUGAAGGAGGUAGAAAGAGGAGAGGAAGCUGCGAGUGUGUGCGGGAGAAAUAUUUCCAAACAACAUCUGUAAAGAGAGCAGCGUCUGUAAUGAGGAGAUGGGAGGCGAGGGGAAGAUGGGAUGUUGAACUGAGAGAGUGCUGAGGUGACGGCUAAUGCCACUGUGAGUGAUUCUUAGUCAUUGUUGAUGUUUUCGACACAGCAAGCAAGGAGAAAACCGGACACCAGGAGCCCUUUUUUGUGGUCAGAACAUCAGAGUGUUUCAGUCUGUAUCAUUCCCUUAUUUUAAAUCAGUGAUAUUUCAAAAUAAAAGCCGAGAGCACUUGAGUUGAGUUGAGUUAAAAAGCAUCAUCCAUCACCUGUGUAACUUAAAGCUUUAGUUCUGAGAGGUCAUGAUUCAGUUUUUGGUGACUAGAGACAAGAGGAGUGGGGUUUGCUGUUGGAUCUCUCACUGAGCAUGUGUCAGGUAGAUAUAUUUGUAUUCAUUCCUAUUUAUAUCUUUGUUACAUGACCAGUUUUAUAUCAUUACACAGACUUUAAAUUAUAUGCACCAAUUAUUCCAGAUUUGGGACUAAAGUUGAAGUUUGAGUUUCACAAACAAUUGACUCAACAGCAUGACUCAGAGGCUGGUAGGUGGAGUCAAACCAAAUUUUUUGUAUCCAAAGAACAGAGGAGAACGCAGUCUGAAAACAAGAGCAAGAAGAGAAGCAACGGGAGCCGAACAUGCAGGAAAGGGUGGCUGAAACAUCCCUGCAGUCAUGAAAAUUUACACAAACCAACAGUGAUCAAAUUCAUUGCUACACCCACAUGCAUGCAGUUAUUUUUAAAAACAGAUUUUUCUCUGUUUUCUAAAAUAUCACGGUCGCACCACCUGCUUUGAGAUAAUAUUUCUGGUGCAAGUCAACACAGAAACAGUUGCAAACGCAUUAGCAUGCCAGACCAGCAGGGGACGAUAAUGUGUGAUAAAGUCAAGCUCAACGGCUUGAAAAAAACGUUUCCACCCAAGCUACUCAUUUUUACGCUUCAUCUGAUUAGAUCUCUCUCAUAUUUACUGUCACUGAUGCCUGCUCUAUUCUAAGCUUCGGGGUCUUUGCUGAUGCUCUCCCUGCCCUGGCCUUUCAUGCAUGUGCAGGAAAUGCAGGAAGGCGUGAUGUACCUGCCUCAGACUUUAGUGUUCUGCAUACACAUGUGGAAGGGCUGGGAACUCUCAUAACAGAGAAAUAUUACUUCAAAUGAUUUUUUGCAUGAAAAUUGUCAAUUAGUUUAUCAAUUAGUUUUGACUUAUAAACUCAACAUAUUGAUUCUAAAUGAUCGCUGGUGUUUUAAGAGUGUGAAAAUAUUUCAGUCAAUGUUAAGAAUGCUUAGGAAAGACAAGUGGAUUUGGUAGGCCAAAACCUGAAUCCGAGGCCAUGAUUAUUCAAACAUGUCCACUUAAUAGAUCCACAAAACAUUUUGCUCCUCAGAGUUCCUGUGUAUGAUUUCCUAGGUCCCUCUGACCUGGUAAUGCAGUGUUUAUAGGACACUACUAUAUCUGCACUGGUUGCUAUGGACCUAUAUGAGCUUUAGCACAGCCGUUGGUUGCUAUGCAGGAAGAGAGAGAGCGCGCAAGCGUGAGAGAGAAAAAGAGAGAGCCAGAGGCCCAUGCAGUGGAUGAGUCAUAGCCCCCCCCCCAGCCCUCCCUCCCCUCACACUCAUACCCCCUGCUUUCCUUCCACUGACUCAACGGGACCUCACACACAAACACACACACAGUCUCUACGUGUACAUGUAUGUGCACACACAAACCCAUGCAGGGAGCUCCUGGUAGUCUCUUACCAAUCCUCUCAGUGGUAGCCAAACCUGUUAACAUGCCUCCCCUGUGGAUGACCGCUAAUGGAUCAAACACAAAUGUGUGCAUUGACAGCCAAAAAACAUGGAUCCAGUGGUAGACAUGUAUGUGAGUGCACAGCUGCACAUGCAUAUUGUAUGUACAGUGUACAUGCAAACCCAGAGCGUGCAGACAGUUUCACAAAAGCCCACUUACAUGAAUUUACUGUAAUUUUUCCUCUCAUCGCACACACAUCCUGCCCUUGACAACCACUGCUGAGGUGUUUGAGGGAGGCUCUUCACCUCUAUGCGGCUUAUUGAAAAACUGUUUCAGCUAUGAAUCUUCCAGGUGUGAAUGUGUUUACAUCACUGAAUGAAGAGAAGGAUAGCAGCACAUAAACUCCUCCCUCAGCUCGUUUCUUAUUAAGAAAUAUAAUGGCAGUUCAAACAAACGUGUCUCUAGAUGUGACAGCAGGAAUAUAAGAGGAUGAAAGAGACAUGGCAGGUAAAAAGACUCAACUCAUGUGACGCUUAAGAGAAAUGGUAGGAAAUAAUGGAUGGUAGGAUGGUGAAAGAGAAAGAUGAAAACAAAAACUAAAAUUCAAGAGUGGAAAUCGAAGCAUGAUGAGGAUCCACGUCCCAGAUGCAAACUGCAUACAACAUAUUACUAAUAUGGAGGAUUUUCUACCACAUACAUAGAGGCUGUUUUAAGUGUCAAACCACAAACUCUAAAAUAUCAGAACUGGUAAGUCAUUUAUCCCAAAGUGAGUACUCUUCUAGCUUCGUAAAGAACAAGUUUCUACCAAUCAGGAACAACAUAGCAGUCAAAUUAUCAUUUCAGUAUUUUCUUAUGUGUAUCCCGAUCCUGCAUGAUGAUUUUUAGAGAGGUGAAUCUGGUCUCUACCAAGUGACAAAUUUCAGUCUUAGGAAAUGAAGCUGAUGCAGAAAUGCUUAAUAACUGCAGUUCCCAGAGUGGCCACUUAAAGGUGUGGUAGGCAGGAAUCUGUUAAAGAAGCAUCUUUUUUGUGGUGUAUAUACAAAAAAGCUUUUAAUACCAGUCAAUAGCUAUUAGUCAUUGAUGACAUUUGGUAAUAUAAUGAUAUCGCUGCAUUUUGUUAUGUCUGUGUAGUCAACAUUUAAAAAAUUCAGAGCACUCCGCUUUUUCUGACUAUGAACAGAGCCGUUCCCCGCCUCCCCCAACCUGAUAGGUUGCCAGGUAGACGCUGCUCCUUAGUGCUGAUUGGUUGUGAGGCAGACGCUGCUCCCCCGUGUCGUUCAGGAGUCCAAACAAAGUUAGCGUGCUACAAUAUCGGACAGUAGAAACCAACCAGAAGACCAGGGACUGGUGAAUCAGAGGCAUGGCUGACUUGACUCCCCUGUCUUCAUUUUGAGGAAGAGGGAAUAGCUUAAAAGAUACCAGCUUUGGGAGUACUGUGUGUCACAAGCAAGAAAACUAAACAAACAAAAAACAAACAAACAAACAAACAAAAAAACCCAGCUAACUUAUAAUACAAAUGUGGCAAAGUUAAGACCCUAAAGGAGGAUUACAUCCAGACAAACAGAACAAAAGAGACAGCGUAAACAUGGGGCAGGUUUCAAAUGUUAGGAAAAAGGAAGGAUGCUAGAAAGACAAAGGGAGGGAUAGAAUGAGGGUGAGGGUGGGUUGCUGCUAGUAUCUUGGUUAUUUAUAGUUGAAAUGUCCCGGCUCCUUUUGCCUGAACUCAUUGUCUGCCCCUCUCUGUCUCCCUCUCUCCCCCUCCAGCCUCUCUCCUUCAGUUUAACUCCCACCAUGUCUUCAUUCUUUCCAUCUCUCAUCUCUUGCAGUGACUUCACCUCUGCCCUCUUUCCCUCCUCUCAUCUUUAUCGUCCUUUAUUCCCCCUCUCCUCCCCUUUCUCUCUCUUCUCUUACAUUAGAUAUUGGGUCAGCGCUUCCUCCUCACCCCUCCUUCUCUCACUCCCCCUCCUUUGCUGCUCACUGGUGUGGUGUUUCUUUAGUAAUGUUACACAACGACCAUCACAGACACUCUGUGGGUCAUGGAUGGGUGAUGGGGGGGUGAGGCGGGGGAUAGAGAUGGAAAGAGAGGGAGGGAUGGAUUGGGAAGAAAGACAGAAGGAGAGAGGGAGUGUUUCUUCUCAUUGCUCAUUGACCCACUAUCUCACCCGGUCCCGUCACUCACAUCUCAACCUUCAUGAGCUAAUGGCUGAUUCUGACCCAUUUAGGUCUCCUCUGCAGCGAGAGUGCAUUUUAAUGUGCUGUAAUGUAGGACAUUCUGACCAUCACCAGCUUCAUCAUUCAACUUUUAAGCCUGUGAACCAAAGCACACAUUUUAGGUCAUAAAAAUACAAAGAUAUGCCCUAGUAUUUGUGUUUGCAGUGCAUAACCAGUGCAUAUUAUGCAUAUUACAAAUUUUAAUUGCACCACAGCGACUCUGAGUCACUCUGCGCGUUGAGAGCAAGACCACUGUGUAAAUCAUUUCUUAGAUCAAUAGGCUACUGCAUUUAAUUUGCAUGAAAAUCUGAAGCAAAAGAAUAUUUAAGGUAAUUUUAACAUUUUAAAAAGAGAGAAAAACUGACGAGAUGUCCAGGUGACACGAGACUGAGUGGGUUUAGCUGUAUGUUAAAAGGGUUGAGGAAUAUCUCACUCACAUUAACUUUUACAUUUUGAACAUGUACCAUUCAUGUUGCAGGGUUUGGAUUCUGGCACGAGAAAUGUUCAUGGUUCCCUGUCAUAGAUCAUUUACAGUCAGAGUAGUUUUGACGAACUUAUAAGCAUUUUUUUAUGUUUCCUUUGCACAUGGCAUCCUGGCUUUUUAUCAGUGGAGAAAUGUUAAAUUAGCUAAACAGUUGAAAAAAUUUUAUAAAUCACAAUAUAUCAUAUCACAAUACUCACUGUACUGCGAAAUGUUAAAAAUUGCGAUAAUAUCGUAUGGUGGCCCAAGUAUCGUGAUAAUAUUGUAUCGUGGGGCCACUGGUGAUUCCCACCCCUACUUAAAAACAAAGCCAAUAAAGUUUUCUGAUAUCCUUUAACGCUUCAAGAAAUAAUAGAUACAAUGAGAAAAAGUAACCAAAGUGGAACUCCUGAAAAGUGCUAAUAGUUCAGCGUUGACCAGAGAUCUUUGGAUGUCAACAGAUAAUUACAAUGAUAACUAUUUAUCCCACUCCCAAAUAAAAACACUUGAGGAAAAGGCUUUGCAUUGGUUAGUGUCAAUUUAGAGUUAAAACCUGUUAAAAAAUGAAAAUAAUGGAAUUUUAAACACAAAUAAAAUGUGAAUAAUUAUACUGAACUUUGAAAUGCUAUUAUAAUAUCAGCACUUGUGAUAAAACAACCAAGUUCACAGCCAGCCACUUUUGGCUCAAGGAAAAUGUUGCUAACUCCAAACUCCUUGCUACAGAUCUAUAACAACUGAGUAUAGGAUGUAAAAUUUUUCAAGCUAUGCAGGCUGCAAAAUCAUCGAGUCAUCGUGAAGCAUUAUGGCAUUUUAUCUGCUUGGAUUUUUGUUUCUGCCCCAAUGAAGUCUCACCAUGCACCAUGCAAGUACACAGUGAGAUGAAAGUGUGGGGUAGAAAUCUACCUGGGAACAUGAUCCAGGAAGCAAGUCUGUAACUUUGCAAUAACAGUGGACAAAAAUACGGUAUUUUGUACAAAUAACUUUAAAGAGGCUGCUCUAUCAGGAUGAUGCAAGAAGACGUUUUUACAACACAUCUUGACUAUGACAUUUGUUGUUCAUUAGAAUUCAGUUGGAUACAUCUUAGAGGAGUUAAUUCUGGAUUCUAUGGGAUAAUCUUAAGACUUCUUACAUACCAAGAAGUUUAGGAAGACCUGUAUAAAUAUGAAGUAAAGAUACUUGUUUAAUAUUUAUGCCUGAUGAAGCAGUCUACCCAGCCAACGUGGUAGUUUAGGUUUGAAUUUUUUCCUAUUUCAUCUUGGUUAAAAAUCAAGAUGAAUUAUGAAGUGACACCUUAAACAGACUUAAACAAACUACUCUAUCAUUUUUGAGAGGCUGCCAGUAAUUCGGCAUCGUCACAUAGAUCACAGUAAUGCUUCUAAUCUGCACCUACAUAACUCUGUUCUCUGUUGUGUUGUAAAAGAAAGGAUUUUGGGGAGAUGUAAUGAGAGCUGCAGAAUGAGGGCAGGUAGCUGCUCCACAUAUAGCUGCCUGCUGUAAUUUUAUACAGGACCAAACAUCUGUUGCCUCAUUUAUCAAUGAGCUGUGCUGGAGCACUUUCAGUUUUGUGAGUUUCUCACAUUUCCUUAAUUUCUGUUGCAUCUUUGGCUCUCCUCUUUGUCUCCGGCUUACUUUUCCUCUCACUCUUUCCUCUUUUCCUCCUUUUGUACCAUACUUCUCCUUUUUUCUCCUAUUUUCUCCCUCUGUGAUGGAAACCAUGAGGGUGGGAGGAGGAAAAUAUUGCAGAAAGUUUUCACUAAACCAAACUAGGAUAUGGAGCAGUGAUGGGACCAGAGGGAGCUAGGGGAUUUCUCAAAAGGGGGACAGCGGUGUGGUUGUUUGCAGGUGGUUGCUGUUACUCCCCAUUAAAACUCUUUCAGACGUGUUCAUUAACUGUAAUCGCGUAAUUAUUUGACCCUGUUCUGCUCUAAAAUCCUACUUGGCAUAUUUAGACUUUUAAACAGCCAGGUGUGGAUUUAUAGCUAGGUGUAAAAAAGCCUCUUAGUGGAAACAGUGGCUGUGUUUCUUCUGCUUCAUGGUCCUCAUGCACUACAUUUGUAUAGUUUUUUUCUUUCUAUUACUCUGUAAUUUCUUAAUGGAUCCAUCAAAUUCUUUUUGAUUUUGCAGCUUGCACAGUCAUUGACUUCAUGUGCAGAUUUUGCGUCUUGUCUCUGUGCAUGUGUCAUCAGCUUCCCCCCAUACUUCAAACCAAAACACUUUCCCAUAAGCUGCGGCUGCUCUGGGCUAAGAAGCAAAUGUUUGCAUGUUUAGCUUGGUUGUUAUGGUGAACCAGCUAAAUAUCACAUCCACUGAAAAUCAGCACGUUGGCGUCAACAUUAACAUGUUUGCAUGUUCUUUAAAAGUCUAGUCUGUUGCAGUCAUUUUAAGAGAUAUGUUUCUGUGUAUGAUGCAGUAUUAACCUUCGCUUCUGGAUUGCUGUACCUGCUUUAUAGGACAAUGUGAGGCUGUUUAAUGGGCUCUGAAAAUCCAAAACUCUUGUUGGAGACAAAUAUGCACUCAGAAAGUUGUAAAAGUCCUUGUCCUGAGAUUGUUACACGUCGGUGACACAGAACAAGUCUUACUUUUGGCUGCAGAAUGACUGUAGAGCUGUGCUGAAACACUGUCCUUAAAACAUGCCGUUAAUGUCAGCUUUUGAGAAUGAUGCGGACGUCUGUCUGCACAUAGAAUAACCUCUCACUGUACAAAUGUGAUUUGGUUGUACUUUGUUUUUAUGUGGGGAUCGCAUGAAAAGAGAUCUAGCGCAGAUAAUAGGAGGAGGAAGCAUCAUGGGAGCUGAGCUGAGCAGCAACAUUAUUAGUGAUGCUUACACUCUCUUACAUUAAACAUGACAACAGCACAGAUCUAAGUGGCUGGAGAGCAAAGCUGUGUUUCCAACAUGAAGCUUCAUUGGCUUGAAAUAAACACUAAUGGUUUUAAUUGGAUGCAGAACUUGAGCAAAAAGAACAAACACAGAGACAUCAUGUUUGGGAGGUCAGCUUGUUGUGUUCGCUGGCUGCCGGUGAGAAGAAAUGCUUGUAAAAUGCAGAUUUCUGAUUCAUACUUUGAUGCAUUUUGUGCAGAACUUCAAUCAUGUGAUCCCACCAGGUAAAAUGACUCACCCUUUUCUCUAACCUGCCAAGAUUUCGCACACUGGGGUCUUCAUUAGAGCAAGACUCCAUCCAAAAUGUGUCUGUUCAGGACCACUACUACCCCCUCUAGGCACGAAAGAUGGCAUUAAACUGGUCAAGUAUUCCUGGGAAUAUAUUAGAGAGGGGGGAUGCUGCAGCCUGGGACUUACAUUAUGAACAUUUGUUCAGUGAUUCUGCAGAAAAACCUAUUUCUGUAAUUUUGCCCAAUUAUUCUUGAUCCAUCCAUCUAUCUUUGACCUUACUUGGGCUGGAGACACAAAUGGACACCGUGGACAGGUCCUUAUUGUAGAGGCCCUAUCUAAAGCAUACUGACAUUAGGACCCUGUGCGGUAUUUGUGUGUCACUGUUGUCAUUGUGGCAGCUGCUAGUUGCUGCUAAUAGGAGCAAAAAUGGAAAAUAAUGUGAUUGGGUAAAUAAGAAGGCCAGUCUACAUGACCUUUUAUUCUCUUACGAUUGUCACCAUGUCACAUUAGAUGAUCACAAUGCCAGAAAUUAGUGCCAUUAUUUGCCAACAGACAUGACUGACACUAUGGCACCCAACCAAUAAUAACCAACAUGAUGAGAUUAAGGGAAGAGAGUCUGGGCAAUGUGGCACUAAUAAAAAGACCGUUAACAAACAAUGCCAACUGAGUUUUUAAACUGUUUGUCUACCCAAUCAUUAUAAUGAAUGUUUAGCUUCAUUUAUGCUAAUGCUAACAACAGCGGUUACUCACCAGUUCUUGAGACUGUGUCCACCAUUUCUCGCCGUCAUUUCUCUGUGUCAGUCUGUAUUGGUAAUCUCUUGGUGACACACCAUAAAGACAGAGAAGUUGUUGCCAAAGCUUUACAAACUGUCUCAUAUUUCCAUCUCGCAGCACCAACUCCAUUAUUCCUCAUUCAAUUCACCAUUUUGUUUGUUUACACUCAUGACUUUUGCAGAUGCUGAGUGCUCUUUGCUCUCAUUGGUCAGUGUCACUGAUAUGGCAGAACAAAGCCUUGUCACUUUUUGUUGUUUAAGAGCAAUAUAUAGUGCAGAAACCAGCCUUUUUAGAUUUAAAAACUUUGUUUCUUUCAGCUGACGAUGGAUGGGAGAGGGUAAUUGAAUACUUCUAAAUGAAAAAGACUUUCAACCCUUUGGAUGAUGUUAUUUUAAGGAAACGUCUCAGCACCUUGAUGUGGGUGGAGGACACAACAUUUUGUUGAUUUCAUUUCUACUUUUUUCCACAGAGCUUGUUGUCACCAUAGGUCAUCUCUCAUCCUUGACUUUCCAUAUUACCUAUGGUGCACCACAAGGUUCAAACCUAAGUCCCUUUGAAUUCUUUGUGUGAUGAAUCACAGAUGAAUCUGAAGCUGGUACCUAAUUCUGUGUUGGAGAAAGUCUUUUUUUUUUUUUUUUAAUGAAGUUUGGAAGAUGUGUAUUGGUUCGGCUUAUUCGACUGCUUAUUCCACACUGAGGAAAGAGUGUAUAAACACCUGGAUAUAAACACCUGGCCUCUCAAGUGCACACCAGCACACCAGUCACGUCCUGCCAAAUAACCACUUAACAAACAUUUGUCCUGCUGUCACAUUUGCUGCUUCUUGUUUUGUGCCACAUGAAAACCACACCACUUCAUUUCCUCUGUCUCAAAAAAAAUCAAGAUAUGACAGUUUUUUUUAUUCAACAGCAAAGCCCAGCAGUUUCCUUUCUCUGUCACAACUAGACAUCAAAGUAAUUGAUGUGUUGUGCACACACACACACAGGCAUGCAUGCCUGCAGACAGGAAAAGUAAUUGCUUACUCUAAAUUAGUCAGAGCCAGUAGGGUGAGAAUCUCAUUCCACAUUUAUUACAAUUAUCUUUAAUAGGUCUUUCUAUUGUUCAAUGUGUUCUGAAAUUGUAUGGAAAUGAAUUUGGCUGUCAGGGUUCAAAAUUAAAAUGAAAUACGGGUCAUUGUGAAGCUUAAAAUUAAGUUAAAUGGAGUGAAAGCUUUGACAGUGACUCUGUUCUAAGUCUCUUAGAGUGGAUUGUGUUUUUAUUUUGGGGACUUUUUAUCCUGUAGUGCUUUCUGAAUUGAUGUUAAUCUGUAUGCACAUCCUACAUUGAUCAGAUCUAUUUCUUUUACAAAUCUAAUGCCAACUGUUAUCAUUGAUUUUGUGCAUAAUCAGCCAGACAGUCAGUAACUUUGAACAUACUUCUCUUGUUUUGAGGCUGAUUUAGGAACUUGUCUUGCAUUGGAUUCUGCCAUGUAUCACUCAUACAUUACUUUUCUAUCUUGCUGAAACAACCUCUAUCAACAGUUUUUGGGGCUUUCUUUGUAAAAUGCCAUUGAAUGAAAACAAGUACACAGUAUGCAGAGCCCUUUAAAACAGACCAUACAGUCGAUACUGAGCAGUGGCAUCAGCAAAAAUCUAAUGCUGGUGGGUCUACCUGACCCUGAAAAACCCUCUAUAUUGUGCUCUUCAACAAAUACUUUGUUAACUAUGAUAGACCAAUUUACUUAUUAAAGCCACAUUACAGGUACAACAUAAUAGGUGCCAUUAACACAGCCUCUUAUUCACAAACUUGGAUAUAGAGCCGUCAAGCAACCUUUAGAUUGAGAUGCAUGAGUGCAAAGUGGUAGGGCCCAAAUACACUUUGGCCCACCUACAGCUACGCUGCUGCUACUAAGGAAGACAAGUAUCCCAGACAAAAAAAGUAUCCAAAAAAAUGCCAUUAAAAAUACAGUUGCUAAUUUGUGGUAAAGCUGUUGUGUCAAAUGGAUGACAUUGUGGCUGAUCAGUGCCUUAUAUUUAUUGGAAAUCCACUGAUCAGGUGACAAUCGGCUCUGUCCUGUAGACUGUUCGAUCAUGCAGCUCUAAAAUUGUGUAGCCCAUCAUCCAUCAGUGGUGAUGGUGCUUGAUGAAUUUUCACAGAUUUGUAAAAGGAGGGUAAAACUGAGCAUUAGGAACCAGGAUCCUGUCCUAAAAUGGAUAACUACAGAAAUAAAACACUUUUUGAUUGCCAUUGUUGCUGUGAACUGCACCUCCUUUAAGGUGGGUGAUGUUCUUUCACCUUUUCAGCAAAGGGACUACUUUUCUAGCAUUAGAACACAUAGCCUCAGCCAUAAUUAGCAUAAAGAAUAAAGACGCUACGCCAAGUAUUUGCAUUACACACAGAGCUAGUUCAGAGGAGGGCGUUUGUACUUUACAUUACACAUCUCUGCUUCUCCCACACACACUAAAACACACACACACACUCAUACACAAACACCCUCUUUCUGCAGUGGGUUAGGAUGUUAAUACUUCAUAACAGGAUGUCUGCCAGUGUUUCAUCACACUACAUUAACUUAUCCUUAACAGCCAUGAGGUCAGCCGACAACUGGGGCCCUGAUUGGCUCUUGACAGCAGGGGGGUCUCCAAAGUGUCACAUUAUUGGUAUAAUUCAUCGACGCUGUGCCACAGAGGUCCCUCUCGCUGUGAGGAUAAGUGGGUGACGGAGCCGUCCUGACCCCUGAGGUGCUGGUUGUUCUUAGAAUAAUAGUAUCUGCUCCAUGUUUAAGCAGGAUGUUUAAUUCAACAGCAGCAAUUUAGGAGAGCGACACCUCAUUAUGACGACACCAGAGAGGAGGGCAGAUGGCAGGAGUCUCUUAUACGUGGAUUUUCUGAAGUUGUGUGAAAGUUUAGUCUGUUUUUAGGGGGAUAGGGGAGACAGGGGUAAGUUGAUCCAAAGGGUAAGUUGAGCAACCCCCUGUUACUUGGAAAUGGUAAAAGAAAUUGAUCAUGUGACCAAAUAUUUAGGAGAUGGGCAUCAAUUAAUGGAGUCUGUGAAGGUUAGAAGCACAUGGGUGAAGGGGUUAGACAUUGAUUUGAAAAAAAAAAGUUUUUCACUUUUGAAAGUGAAUUUAGUCUGUCAUAAGUUUUUUUUAGAAUAGUGUUUAGACCAAAAAAGAUUAUUUUAAAUUUGUUUUAUACAUCAAUUGUAGUAUCUAUGAGCUACAACAUGUGUUCAAAAACCUAGUAUAAAAGUCCAUCAUUUUAGCUUAGAGGACUAAUAAAGUUAUAAUAGUAGUUCAGGGGCAACUGAGAAAGUAAAGGAGUCUGAUGAGAGGAUCGGAGUUUCAGUUCAGCUUGUUGAAAUCUGUCACUUUUUCUUUUCAAAAAUACAGCUGUGAAUGUUCUGAAUCACUUAAAGCUGGGGUAGGCAGGAAUCUGUUAGAGAAGCAUCUUUUUUGUGGUGUAUAUACAAAAAAGCCUUUAAUAUCAAUCAAAAGCUAUUAGUCAUUGAUGAUAUUUAGUAAUAUAACGAUAUUGCUGUGUUUUGUUAUGUCUGUGUAGUCAACACUUUAAAAUUUCAGAGUGCUCCGCUCUUUAUGACUAAACAAAGCCAUUCCCCGCCUCCCCCAACCUGAUAGGUUAUGAGGCAGACGCCGCUCCCCCGUGUCAUUCAGGAGUCCAAACAAAGUUAGUGUGCUACAAUAUCAGACAGUAGAAACCAACCAGAAGGUACAAAAAAUUGUCUGAAUCCUCCUUUAGCCACAACUGCCAACACAAGCAAGAAAACAAAGUAAAUACCAGAGUAUCAGCAGAAGAACGAGCGCUUAAAAAGGAGGUAGACCACCUGGACAAGAGCUAAAAAAGCCGGGUUAACAUGAAGCUAGCAUAAACAUGGGGGAUGCAUUGGGAUCUCACUGACCCUGUAACCUUUCUGCUGGACAGGGAAUCCACUUUGACAAAGUAAGCCAAAUGUAACAGAAGUGUUUCUUAUCAAAUAGGACCUGCUGCGGGUCGUAGCGCUGCUAAACUGUUUAGCUUGGGUCCUGGACUAUGUCACUUUAUCCUAGUUGUUGAAGUCCUGCAAACAUUGUGUUUGCUGGUCAUCUGUUGGCAUCUACAGUAACACCAAUGCUUUUUACUUUCAUGUUGACUGGGCCCCAUUUGUAAUUAUCUGAGGUAUUUAUCUGCAUUAUAUCUGAAUUUAAUUUGGAUGAUACGAGCGAGUAGAAGCGUCUGUUUGUGGGCGGGGCUUGCUGGAGCAGAAAGGGAGGGGAGAGGAGGCACUGGGCCCCCAGCUGAUCUGACCACCAUGUCAAUCCAAAAGAAAGUGCUGUAAAGUCUUGCAUGGAAGCUAAAGAACAAUCUAGCAGUGUCCAAGUGAGUUGAGGAGGCUUAGAUAGUGGCUUGACUGCAGGUGAGUUGCAGGUGUGAGCACAGGUUAGUAGUUGAGUUGGUGGAAAAGGUGGGCUUGGCAGGCAGGCAGAGUGGAGCAGAGGUAUGAGGAGUGGAAAAGUGAUUUUAGGUGAGUUGAGAAGCAGGGCUGUUGCAACCCUAUAGGAAAGGAAAGGAAAGAAUGGGGGAAGAAAAGAAGGAAGGAAACAAGCAAUAUAGAAAAAAAGGGAAGGACAGAAUAAAGCAAUGAAUAAAGGAAGGAAAGAAGGGAGGAAGGAAAGAAGGAGGGGAGAAAGAAGCAAUAAAUAAAGAAGAUAAAAGAAAAUAUAAACAAAGAAGCAAUGAAGAAAAAGAAUAGAAAAGAAAUAAGAAAGGUUGGAGGGAAGGAAGGUGUGUAUGAAAAGGGGGGAGGGAGGGGAGAAAGGAGGGAAGGUAGAAAGGGGGGUAGGGGGAAUGGCAAGGCAGGAAAUGGCGGGAGUUAGGAGGAGAGGGAAAAAAGAGGGGAGGAAGGGAGAAAAAAAAGAAGGACAGAUGAAAUUGACUUGAUAGUGGAGUCACUGUCCACUAUUCCUGGUAUUUGGUUACACUCUGCAGUUCAUGAUUCUUUUAUUGACAGACUGGAUGAUUGACAGCAGUGGGGGACUUCUACUCUUUUAGCCUUUGGAGCAAAUGUGACAACUUUGAUGACUGUGACACAGCUAAAGAGAGGAAAACUGAGCUAUUGAAAGGGGAAAUCUUUGUUGUGAAUAAUACACAGUGUCAUACUUAUUUGCUUUUUUUUUUUUUUACAAUAAAUGAUUGCACAAAUGGCACAUAGGCUGCAAGAAGCUCAUGACUGCUUUGGACUUGGUUAUCAACCGCGUGAACAAAUUGACUUUCAACUCUCUGCUUUGACCUGUAAUUUCUUUGUGAUAAUCGUGUCUGUUGAGGGGUGGUGACAGUAUUUAAGCAUUCCCUUAAGCAUUUGUAUGCAGUGUUGUUAAGUUGGAUUUUGCUAUCAUACUGUAUCAUACUGGAUUUCCAGCUCAGCCAAAUCGCAGCACUCCAUAAGCUGCACUACAGACCAGAAAUACCUCCCUUGGCAAAGUCAUAUAAAAAACCUGAACCAGAGUAAUGAACAAUGUUUCCCUUGUGCUGGAACCCUUUUGGAUAAGAAUUCCUUUGAUUCUGGUAUUACUUAGACCCUCAGGCAUUUCUGGGAAACAAUGCUAGAGUUUUUAUUUGUUUGUUUGUUUUUUAUCACACAUACAGUAUAUGAACAUGGAUAACCACUUACCAGGGGAGCCCUGACUGUUUUGACCUGACUUUUAAGAAACUGGUGUUUUUAGUCUAUGGCCCAAUUGUCAUUUUUUUAUGGACCCAACAUCAGGCAUCAUCCCUCAUGUUCUCUGAUGGUUAUAAAUAGAUCCUAAACCUCACAAAAACUGGCCUUGCAGAUGCAGCUAAUUGACAAGAGAGACCAUUAGCACUAUUUGUUCUCAGGUUUGCAGCGCUCUGAUAACUACCACAGUAUGCAAAACCCUGAUGACCGAAGCUUUCUGUGGCUCUUAGAUGAAUAAAAGCAGCAUGCUGAAACUCAUUCCAUUUGAAGUGUUUUGGUUUCUGGCCAUCUGUUUAAGUCAAUAUCAUCAGUGGAUCUCAGAUGAUGACAUAAUACUCUGCUCAGGCUACACAGGUUUCAUCCCUGUCGAGACAAUAAAGUGUGCUCUUGAUUUGAGUUGCAGAGGGAAUGAAGGAAAAAAACAGGGAUAGAAGAGGAGAGGGGCAGAGGAGGGGGAAAAGCUGCCAACUCGGUUCAAAUGGGAAUCUGGUCCUCGGGGUAACGGCACAUGUAAGAGACAGAUAGAGGCUGUGCGAGGGAGCGCUAGGAGAGAGGAAGAUGGGAAAUGCAUAGCAGAUUACAUGUGCUUGUGCUGCAGCGUGGGUGGGCAUGUGUUGGAGGGAGCGAGGGACAGUGUAAAAGAGAGAGCGUACUGAUUGAGGAAAGAGAGAGGGGAGUUUCUGCCAGGCAAGUGCGUGAACUGAUGUGUUUGACAUCUUCAUGCAGAGACAUCUGCUAAAUUAAAACCAAACACUGACACAAAGAUGUUUUAUUCUCAUGGCUGAAGUGGAAGGAGUGAUGGUACUGUGGUGUUUUGACUGUAAUUUUCACUCUGUGCAUCUCCUAGCAACUACAACAGUCACCAUUUUGACUGUUUAGUAAUGCUGUGGAUUCAUGUGAGUCGGAUGGUUGAGAAAAUCAGGAAUCAGGUGCACUGAUUUGCACAGGGUUACUUGAAUUGAUCAAUCUGAGGGGGUCUGUGGGUCCAACCCGGGGAGCUUGAAUGCCACUGUAACUCCUUCCAAACCAAAUGUUUGAGCUGAAGUCCUCAACUUGACCUGACACUUUUGGAAAAUCAAGAAGGUACAUAUUUAGAGCAAAGUACUUAGAGGUUUUCUUUCCUCAUGGACGGGGUCUUGACCAUAUGUGGGACUACAGUACAUGUAAUAAUAAUAAUAAUAAUAAUAAUAAUAAUAAUAAUAACUUUAUUUGUAUAGCACUUUUAAAAACAGAAGUUUACAAAGUGCUUUGACAUAUAGUCAUAGAGCACAUGGGAAAAGACGGAUAAAAACAAAAAGCUUGGUAAAAACAGAAUUGAAGGCCAUUUUCAUGUCAUAAGGAACCCAGACAAUACAAGAACCAUGCAACAAAAAACAAGAUGUAGAGAGCUAAAUAGUUGCAGGACCUGCAGAUUACAGUCAACCAAUUACCAACUUAGGGUAAAAUUCUGGAUACUUUUUAAAACUGUUUUCAUGUUCAAUCUUGACAGACAGCCUGAUAUGGUGCUGCAGCUAAUAUACUAGUAUAAAAAUGUAUAAGAUUUUAUUUUAUUUUGUGGUAUUUUAUCCAGAAGAUGGUGCUACUAAUGCCUGGCUCUGCUUACAAGCAGAUAUGACUUCAAAAUUGCUGCAAUUCAUUGCAUAUUUCAUGCACAUGCACUGACAGGUUGCCACAGGUAAACUUCCUGCUUUUGAAGAUUCUGAAGCUUCACCCACCCAGGAACAAAAACAGAGUCCCAAAGUUUUAGACUUUGACUUUUUUAUAGGUGACCUGAAAUCUGUCUUGGACUCAAGAUUUGGGACCCAUGAACGGUCUUUUUAUUUUGUAUUUGUGGCUGAGCCAUAUAACGAACCCUUCUGUUGCACCAGUGGCCACUCCACAGAGUUGCACUACAGUUGUGUUCCUCACACAUUGACUAUAAAUGGGCAUCCAAUGAGGGAAUUGUUCAAGUGUCUAGUCAUAAAUUGUCAUAAACAUAUGUCUUACAUCAGUCCAUCCUGUUCAUGUUUCCCAUUUCGGCUCCCAACUGACCCCAGACCAUGCAGGGGUAAACAUUUUAUAAAUAAGAACAAGUACGCAGAAAAAAGGACACUGUGUGUCUGAAAUGUUACUGUUCAGUUUCCUUGUCACAGCAAAUCCACAAUUGGUCAUUUAAAUUGUCAUUGAGUACAUCCUAGGUGUCACUGGUGAUUUCAGGAGCUAGCUGAGAGGUGGGGGAGGGGCGCCCCCUGUCAAAAAUCAGAGAGUAUAUUGGCUGAUUGUCUUUUUGCAUUUCAGCUCAGCCCUUUUUUUCAGAGCUUUAGAUUGAAAAUUUUGGGGGAAACCACCUAGUCUGUUUUGAUUCUAGCUAGUAAGAUUUUUACACGGUUACUUUAAAAAGUUAGAAAAUUUACACACUUUAAUCUAAUUGGUUAUACUAAAAAAUGUUAGUAUGAAUAAAAUAUAUUCUGCUAAUGCUGUUUAUUUGUGUGCAUGACCAUAUACUUAGUGCUACUGCUGCAUGAGUCAAAAAAGUCUAAAAAGUAGGGCAGCACAGCAAAAUUAAACUAUAAACUCACCUCACAUUAUGAGUAUGUUGCAUAAUGUAAAUCAACGGGGCGAUUUGUUAUCAAAAGAACUCUCAUUUUGUUGCAUGUUUUUACUUUGUUAUCCAUCACAACCAUAAGAGACUGGAAUGGGACUUAAUGCAGCUUAUAAACACUUGAGACUUGCCCCUCAGAGACUUGAAAAUUGAUAUCACAGACCUAAAACUCAACUUGGUCUUGCAAAGCUUGUGCCCAUCCCUGCAGAGCAUUUUUACGUAUUCUGUAAUAUGUUUGUUUGUUAUUACACCUAUAAUAGAGCAAGUAAAGAUGUAAUGGUUCAAAAUUAGGAUGACUCAGCCUUUUGGAAACACUAAGAUAUCUCUUGAGCCUCCCCGAGGGUAAACUAAAUCACCUGAGAGACCUUUGCUCAUCAGCGUACUAUUUCAACUCUUCACUGAAAGCCCCUUGAGUGCAUGCAGCGUGAUUCUGGUCUGUUUUGUACCAUCCUUCACAUUUGCACAACAAAUGGUGAGAAUCGGAGACUAUUUUCUCAUGAAAAACACGGCUCUGUUGUUUAUCACAGUCCUCUCAGGAAGCUCACACAGCUCUGCGUGCUGAAAUUAUCUGAAUGAUGAAAGCAUUUCGCAUUAUGCUGAAAGGUUUCCGAGCCUCUUCUUGGUGAAGUAUCUUUAAUGUAUCUAUCAAAGUCUACCUGGAGAAAAACACUUGGUUGCAUGAGUGUUUGCUGAGGUGUAUUAAAGAUAUGUAAAUAUGGAGGUUUGGUUUUGUCAUAAUCCUUUUGAGUUUUCACUUUUAUGUGUCUUGCUUUGGUGUAAAAUUGGUCAUUUUCUCUGCGGUCAUGAUGAAACGACGCCGUAAGUGCUCUCUCUGUGAUGACAGCCAACAAGGCUACUGACUAUAGGGAUGAUGCUACAGUAUUCUGUGUGUGUGUGUGUGUGUGUGUGUGUGUGUGUGUGUGUGUGUGUGUGUGUGUGUGUGUGUGUGUGUGUGUGUGUGUGUGUGUCUGUGUGUGCGCUUGAAAGUGUAAGACAUUGCGUAAGUGUGUGUAUGUGUAACUGAUGCCCAUUUGAAAGCCAGGCGCCAGUCUUUCGUCCUUCAAUCGCCAAUUAACAAGGGCCCGUUUAAUUGCAGUAGUUUGGGAGGGCAUACAAUUACUACUGGAGCAGAACCAAGCUAAACACACACACAUACAUACGCGGACACACACAGACACACAAUUCUUCUUAAUGAGCGGCACUAUCAGCUUCCCUUUCUUCCUCUCUUUCAUUUGCAUUUCGCUCACUCUCUCUCCUCCCGCCUGCUCUGCCAAAGCAUUUAGAUUAAACUCCCCAUCUUCUUCUUUGUCCUCUUCUCCUUGUGCCUGACACUUUCAUUCCUGUGUUUCCGUCAAAGUUUGUGGAAAAUCAGGCUUCUCUGAACUUGUUUCCUUUUGCUAAAAUGUUGCAUCCAACCCUCUUUCCUUUUUUUAUCAAACCCCUUUUGUGAGGUACUUUCUCUAGUUUUGUCUCCCUGUCCCCUUUUGUCUCUUUUAUUAUUUUUUACUGCAGCUACAUGUACAUUUAGCAGGGCAAAAAAAGCAAACAGACAUUUUAAAAAAAACAGUACAAGUAUGCCUAAUGCACCUGUAUGAUAGGUGGGCUUCAUUCAUUUGCUCUGUUUCCUCCUCUGACAGCUCUCAUUUACACAUUUUUUCUCCCUUGCUCCUGCAGGUUCCUUUAAAGGCAUGUGUAAGCAGAUAGAUCACUUUCCCGAGGAUGCCGACUAUGAGGCGGAUGCUUCAGAGUACUUCCUACGUGAGUCCUUCUUUCAGCCUUCAAUUUGUGGUUUCUACUUCAACAUCAAGUAUUUCUCACUUAUUUAAAGUCUUACAGAGCUAGAUUGUCAUGCAAACUUUGUAUUUGUCCUUUAAUUUUCCAUGUUCAGUGCAGAUUUAAAUUCUAUCCUUCGACUGAGGUUGUCACAGGCACGUUUUUUGGGUGCAUGAGUCUUACAUUUGACCAAUUUAUAGCUUUAGCUGAGCAUCUGUCCUUCAGUCACACAAGCUGAUGAGUAAUGCACGAUGUAAUGACGCAAAAAAAAAAAAAAAAAAACAGCUCAGAUUGCAACUUUGCAGCAAAAUGAUGUGUUUCAGGCUAAAUCUUUCUCAGAAUAAGCUCCUUCAAUCCCAGAGGGACUGACUUAGAAAAUAUUGGCCUGACUUUUUCAGUCUGGUGACUUACUUUCUUUUAUAAUGUGCUCACUGCCAGUUGAGUUGACUGGAGGGUACACUAAGGUUCUAAUACCUAAUACCUUGACUUGAGCUCUCUGGCUGCUGAUUGUGGUCCUGAAACACUUGAACCAGCUGAGAAGAAAGUGGACCAUGACCAAUUAGAGCAAAAGAUGGAGGAAAGAAGCCAAAAGAGCUGAGAUGAAAGAUGAAAGAUAGAGGACAAAGACACAAAGUUGCAUGAAGCUGAAAGAAGAAAAUAGAAGGGGCACUGCCUACACUGAGAGACUCAAAAGAGGAGUGGUGGUAAAAGGUGGAAGAUGAAGGAUGAGCAGGAGGUCAAGUAAAAACACCAGAAAAAGCAGCAAAGUGUUCCAGAAGGCAGACUCUGGGAGGUGAAAGAGGACACAGUGGCAGGAAGAAGGCAAAAGACGAGGAGAAAGGAGGGUUGAGGAGGUGAAGGACAAGGAGUAGGGUACCAGUGCAGUGCUGUUGCUUUCCCAAAGGCUUGCCAAUUAGGACACUGUCUUCUAUAAAUACUCCAGGCUCUGCUAUAUGGGUCACACCUCUCCCUCUCCUCCUUCCUUCGUUCUAUCCCCUGCCUCCUCCUUCUUGCUUUCCAUCCAUCUGUCUGUCUGUCUCCACUGAGGCCUGCAUGCCUGUCUGACAGCUGGUGGAUGGAGUCUGUCUGUGUGUCUGUGUGUCUGUGUGUGUGUGUGUGUGUGGGGGGGGGGGGUGAAUUAAGACUCAGAGAUUCAGAAUUUAGAUAUAAGAAAGUUUCUGAAGUUUGAAAAAACAGUUUGGUAUGUCUGUUGACCGUUGUUUUUUAUGAAAAUGUCCCAUGUUGGGUGUCUCACAUAGACUGUAUAAAGAAUGGACAGAGUCUGCCACUUGGUGAGUGAAGCCACUCUGAGAACAGCACCCUCUGUUGAUGGGCUGCAGUAUAGGUCAUAAAUCCCGCCUCCGCCAGCAAAGCUUAUGGAGUUGUGGACAAACUUUAGAAAUUUAUUACACAGAACAUACAUUUUUCUCCCCCCUGCUUGUGAUAUUGGCAUUUCAUUACUGUCAGACUGGUUUGUGCUCAAGUCCUCUUUUUUCUGUGCAGCUCCAUUUUUAAAAGUUAUUAGGGGGUUCAUGUUUUCUAUGAUUGACACCUGAUACAGCCUAUGGGCAAUCAGGGAUUGUAUAGCUCUCCCGGGUAUACGCUGUUUGAGCCGAGCGUCAUCGCAGCGACUUUCGGCGACUGCACACCCAAAUGCGCACAUCACUACUGCACAGCACUGGUUUCAGAAAAUGAAGAAAAAUCCCGGAAAUACCGAGAGCUUUUUGGCUUCAAGUACGUAUACAGGCGGGAGGCGGAACCAAGUUGUCCAUAGUAUAUACGGUCUAUGGUGUCUCAGUGAGGUUUAAGGACUCUGAAUGCCCAAAAAUACACUUGCUACAGACAGCGAAAGUGGCACUGCUGCCAGGGAAUGACGCCAUUUAGAUAAAUUAUCUCCUUUUAGUGUUAAACUGUAGAUCAGCUUCUUCACUCUAUAGUGUUCAUGAAAACUCGGGUCACUGGUUUCAGAGUGAUGGAAAGGUGUUACCCAUUAUGAAUCUAUUGAUUUUCUUGGAAGCUGCUGGUUCUGUUGGUCUCUCACUAUCUGCAACCUGAACGAUACUGCCACCCCACCAUCAUCACUCCCUCAUUUUGUCCAGUAGGUAAAUGAAGUGCACUCUCCCUUUCUUCCUCCCUCAAACAGCUGUCACUUUGACCUCAUCACCAUGAGCUCAGCUUAGUUUACAACAAUCUUUGGGGGGUGCAGUCAUGUGGAGUUAUUCCAAAUUGGACGCCAGUGGUUGACGUUUUGAUACCUGUCUAUUGAAUUAGUGGCUCACAGGUGAAAACAUAUGUGAAAACGUAUCGAAUUUUGUGUCUGCUUUGUGUGCAUUUGGUGAGUACAUGUCCAUGGUCAAGUUGAUUUAUUGCAUUCGUGAACACAUCAAUCUGACUGAAACUGCACCAAACCAAAUUUUCUGUCAUCGGACAAACAUACAUUAAUAAUGUAGCUGGGGAUUAAUUUUCUCCAGGUGGACGCAAACUGGCCCUAGUGUUCUGCACAGGUUGGGCUUUAAACUGGAGGUUUAAAGUGAACAAAACUUUGAAAGAAGUAGAUUGUGCAUUGAAAAAAAAAGAAGCUGUUGUGUUAUACAUUUGAAAGUACAAAGCUGUAAAGUUGUGAGUGUUUUCAACGCUUAACAUACAAGCACUUCUUGCAAAAGCAUUUGUUGAUGGCUGGUGGUAUCUCGGUUUAACACAGAAACAGUCCAAUUGAUGAUUGCUAAAAGUGGGCGUAUCACCACUUACUGUAUAUAUUUUUGCCAACAAAUCAAUGUUUUGCCUCGCUCCGUCUAGUUAAAUUGCCUUAUCGAGCUGUAACUUCACUGCGCAUGUCAUUAACUGAAUGAGGAGUUUUCCUUUCCACAACAUUUGUCAAGUUUGUUGUCUAAAGAAAAUUGGGGGGUGUAGAGAACAACACCUGAACUAGUUUGUGUUGUCUUAUCAAGCCUUGAGGAUACACAGUCACUGGAUCAACACACCUGCUAGUUUUGCUUAUUGUGAGGGAUGCCACAUAGAGUUUUCAGGGGACUGUUUAACCUAAGGCCAAACCCAAAGACCCAGAGAUGGCUCAGUGGUGGUGGUGGUCAUCUCUCACUGUAAAGGUUGGCAUCUACAUGUCUUGAGUAGUCUUAGGCAAGACGCUGAACCUGGAAUUGCUCCCAAGUGGCAUGGUCAAUGGCGAAUGGAUAGCUGUAGAUAACUAUGAUGAGGUUAUACUGAUUGCAGUCUGCAUGGCAUCCUCUGCCAUCAGUGUAUGAGUGGGUGAGUGUGAUAUGUCAUGUACUGUAAAAGAAUAAGUGCCGUACAAGUGCUGCCAUUUACCAUUUACUCUCAGCCUCAGUGCAGAAUAAUGAUACUCUCAGAAGAUCAAAUCCUGAGGCCUGUUUUUAUGUGCCAAUUUAAAUUUCACAAAUGCACCAAGGCUUGUGUUCUUCACCCUAAAUUACUUGUCAGUGUCAUCCGUCCUAAUCCAAACUCAUCCUAUUGUGAUGACAGUGUCAUUCACCAAGUGUUGAUAUUUCAUGACCUGGGACAGUAUAAAUGAAACACUGACUUCUUUCGAGUCGAUGUGACCUGACACUUUUUUCAAUAUUUUUUAGUGUUAUAUAAGUAAAGUUGACCUGCCCUCUCUGGUCUUGGUCUUAUUAAGUUUUAGCAGUGAUAACUUCUUUCUUUGGAGACUAAAUUUGGCAUAGAAAUGGAGCCCAUUAACUGACAGCAGAGGACAGGAACAGUCUGUCCUCUCACUAGUGUCACUAAACACAUUGUUUAAGUCAUCGAACAGACAACAGAGGGCAUUAAAAUUCCGCUAAACUCAUCUUUUAAUGAGAUUUCAUAACACAUUUUAGACUCUGCAUCAGUUGGCCUUAACUAGAAACACCACACAGGAUUAAAAAAAGCAACAAUGGACAACACCUGCUGCAAAAGUAAUGACUGGGAUUUGUCCUCAAAAACGUUGCACUGCAGCAGCUGCUGUCUCUCGCCAUGGUUGGUCAUGUGCUUGUGAAAGAGCUUCAGACUGUGCCAUGAACUAUAUAACACACAUAGUCCAUGUGAUUGUAGGUUAAUUUGCAAGUUUAUUCAGAGGUAGGGAGGAUUAAGAACACAUUAGCUAGUCAGAGAAUGACACACAACAUAUUCAGAUAACUGUUUGGUGAGUUGUCACACUGGUCACAGUGCAAGGAGAUAUCCCGUUACAAUUACUGCACAUUUUAUCAUCCAUUUCUUAAUAAUUUUAAAUUUAUGACUUGUUCAUGUCAACAGUGACCAAAACUUCUUUGAAAAUGACAUUGCCUUAUUUGUCAUGCAUGAAAUUGUUUUCUCUCUUGUAUUUUAGUUCCUUUAUUUCUUGCGUGGAGAAACUAUGCUUUUUUUUACACUACUUCUGGAUGAUCAUAAGUUAUGGAACUAAGUAAUAACAGUGAAAAAAGUAUAAAAGUUCAUUUGAUUCGUAACAAAUUAGUCGAGUUCAAUACAGGGCUUUUAUCAUCCCUUCUGGGGAAAUUUGAUCUGCAGUGGCAGUACAAUCAACACGAAAACAACAAUAAAUAAACAUAGGCAUAGAACAACAUCGCAGUUUAUAAGGCAACCAACUUGUAAAAAUUAAGGUGUCUAAGGGUAUAAAAACAAUAAAAAGGAGUACAAAGAGAAUAAAAGAAUAAAGAAGAAUAUAGAGAGUUUAAAAUGAUAGAGGAAGUGAAGGAGAGUAAAACCUGUCAUCAACUUGUACUGUACCAACAGAGCACGGCUAUUAAGAAAGCAGCAAAUUGAUUGCAUUAAUUGCAUAUGCAAUAAAAGAAAAUUUAAAACUAUUUGUUCAUGCCCUAGGUACCAGAUAAAUUCCUCUAACAGAGGGUGAUCGGUGCUGGGCAGGACACUGUGCCUUCUGUAGGACUCAUCUGUCAAAGAUGUCAGAGAGAGAGCUGCUGCAUGCCGAUGAUCCGAUUGGCUUCUCACACAAUUUUGGACAAUUUUUUUUUGGUCAGACAAGUUUCAAUAAAAUAACAUUAAGCAAAAGGUAAAACUGACUCAAUAAAAGACCUAUGAAAUAUGAACAUCAAGGUCUGGUCAACAUUGAAAGAUUUUAGUCUGCGCAGGAAGUAAAGUCUUUGCAGGCCUUUUUUGCAGGUUGUUGAGGUAUUGAGGUCAUGAGUCAGGUUUUUAUCAAUCACUGACCCCAAGUACCUGAAGGAUUCGACCAUCCCCACUGCUGUACCCUUGAUGAUGGUUGGGUGAGCUGAUUUUGGGGUCUUCUUACAGUCAAUGGCCAUGUCCUUUGUUUUUUUGCAUGUUUGACUUGAGGAAAUGGCUGUUGCAUCAUCAAAGUUGGUUGCAACUGGCCCAUGGUCGACCUCUCUAUCCCAGAGUAAACUAACUAACACUGUAAAACUGCAAAUUUUAAGAUAUGACUGUCAAGGUGAUGACUUCUGCAGUCAUUUGUGUAUAAAAUAAACAAUAAAAGGGAUAGGACACACCCCUAUGGUAAGCUUUUUUGGGGAUAGACAACAUGUGCUUUGACUGCAUGUUAAAAAGUCUUUGAGCCAAUUCACAAAUUUAAGUUCAAGACUAAAAAGAUGCUAGUUUGUGACCUAGAUGGGUGGCUGAAUUGUGUUAAAAGCUCAAUGUUUGUAUAGGAAGUUCAACAGAGAGGUGGUAAGGUGGUAGCGUCCUCCACUCCUCUAGUUGGCUGAUAAGCAAAUUGCAUUGGAUCAAGCAACUCCUGUACUAAGUUCAUCAGGAAUUUCUUGAUCAGUUGCUCAAAACACUAAACGACCAAUGAAGUAAGAGCUACUGGUCUAAAAUUAUUCAGCACUUGGCCACAGGUACUACAAUAGUCUCUUUUCACAGCAGUGGGAACUUCUCUAAGGUACGGGAUGAAGUAAAUAUGUCACUAAAAACACCACAAAGUUGGUCUGUGCAGAGUUUUAAAAGUUUCCUAGUGCUCAUGUCUGGUCCAGAGCUUUUCCUGAUGUUACAUUUAAGGAACACAGAUCUGACACCAGAGGCACUGACAAUAAGUGGAGAGACUGAGCUAUGUUAACCCCACCUAUCACUCAAAUUACUAUAUGCAGUUCAAAGGUCACCGUCAUCAAAACAUAAAUAGAAAUCAUUACCAGCAUUAGAUAGCUGCUCUAUUUAAUCAGGGUUUGUUAUUGGGAAACACCUUAACAUGUUUGGUAGAAAUAACAGUGUCGUUUAAAUAUACUGUAUCACAUUAGAGGAUAUCACCUCAGCCCUCUCAUCAAGUUUAGAAGAGUUAAAAAAAGUUAAGUCAGUACAUUCAAGGGCCCCUUUGAGCUCAUCGAUUGCACUCUCAGUCCAUGUCUCCACCUGUGUAACUGUUGCCUUGCCCUUGUUUGAGGAGUAGCUUGUAAGUGGGAGCAAGAAGAACAGUGUUGUGAUCGGAGAAGCCAAGCGGAGGUUGUGCAGCAGACACUUAACUGAACUAUAACAUAAGUCUAUGGUUUUUGUUUAAUCUGGCUAGGCAAGAUACUGAUCAAAGUUGUUCAUUGAUCAAGGUCACAGUGGUUCAAAUACCCAAGGGUGAAACAGGGAGCAUCAGGACAGAAGGACUGAUUGUGUGACCUUGUGAAUAGUUUACACCACACUAUUUCGUGUUGGCUUUUGGGUUUAUGUACAAAAUAGUCAGGAAUAUUUGUGGAAAUUCACGGGGAAGGUAAAAGGGGUGCACAGAGACAGACAGCAGCUCAAUGUCUGUGGUGCACACUGUCUCUCAGAUGUUUCUGCACCACUGCUUGUUACCAUAGAGACACACCCCUCCUCCUUGGGAUUUCCCUGUGACGUCUGCAUCCCUGUCAAGUCUAAUUGGUGCACCAAAACUGCUGAGUGGCAGGUCGUUCCCCAGAUCAUUUGGUGUGAGCCAGGUCUCAGUGGAAGCCAAGAUGCAUGCAUGCCUAAAGCUCUCCAGGUGGAUAACAUUGGCUUGGAGCAUGACCUUAUUCCUGAUAGACUGGGCGCUGCAGAGUAGUAUCGAGGAGUGGUAUACGAUAAAGUUUCAGACACUUCAACCUCUGUCUGACUCCUCCUCGCCUUCCUUACUGCCUCAACUUGUAUUUUCUUUUAUCCAGAAUUGGAUUAAUAAAUUCCCCAGACUGGUGGAUUACUUACAGAUAAUUGUUUAGUGACUGAAUCAAGAUCACCCUUGAUUCAGAGAGUUUGAUGAUCUAUGGCUUUGGGCUCUAUUUUCGUGUACGCCGGUGAGGCGGUGAAGGGUGGUGGACCCCGCGCAGUUGUUUUUUCGUCUGGUGGAGCCCGGCGUACAGCCAGUUUGGUAUUUUCAUGGACUGAGGCGCACCGAGAUCCGCAAAGCUGGGCGUGGUGGCGUGGCAGGUGGAGGUGUCAACAGAAUCAGCGGGCGCAGUGACAGUUUCAUGUUGCCACGCGUAUAAAGUGCGCUGAAAGCUCGCCGAUUCAAACCUGGUCAGCUUUCAGCACAGGCGAAACGCAGCUGGUCUAGCGGUAUUUUGGUAGACCGGCGGCGAAUCGGCAUACGUCACUGAUGCCUCACCGGCAGGUUUCCACAGUGUCAGGCACAUUACAGUGCAAUGAAUAAUCCUCAACAACUAAUAAUCUGAGUCAGCACAUACAUUUAGAUCUAUAUAGAUAUAUUCUGAUCUAUAUCUGAUCUGAUGAGCGCGUUUGGCACGUGUUUGGACACACAACCUGACCGAAUUAACACAGCUGAAACCGCAUUAAAUUAAAAUAAAUACCUAGUAAAUAGACACACAUGAUGAAGUUAACAAGAUAUGUAAUUUGUCUCUCUCUCCUUUUCUUUCUUCCUCUUCCUCUUAUUUCUCGCGCCACCGGACCUGGACAUGUGUCCAUGUCCUCUCCCCGUCCUGCUGCAGCUGUGGCAGCUGAACAGAUAAUUUGUUUCAGUGAUCAGAUGAGUUAUUUACUUUAAGCCUACAUACGAAUAUUAUAAUAUUCAGUUUUGUGAGCCAAUUUAUUUUAUAUGCCAGCAUCUAUGAAAGAAAGAGCCAGGCCAUGGCGCGCGAUGCGUCAUUACGCACAGAUGGUUCAGAUUUUAAUGCCAUGAGUUUAUGUUGUGAUCUCUGUGUACAACCCACCUUUGUCACGUGAGGUUUAUAUAUAUGCAACUUUAUGUGAGUGUCUUUAUUUGUGGAAAGGGAUGUUUGUCUUACUAGUGGGUCCAACAUUACACACACCAAAUCCAUCUGUGCUUAGAUGAGACAGUGUGGAGGACGCCCUCUGCAGCGACACUUGUUGAGAAGCUGCCUUCUGUCGCCAUCGUGUGGCAUUACUGUCCUCAGAUAUCUCUUGAUCUCUUUGACUACUUCACGAAAAUAGUAAUACGCCUCGCCAGUGGCGGAUUUAAAGGCGAGGAGAGGAGCUGAUUUUAUUGGUCAAUACAGGUCUCAGCUGUGUUAAACCCACUCCACGCCCUCUCGCCUCCCUCGCUAAGACUUACGCCGCUGGGAGGAGCUGAGUCAGGGAGGGGGAAUACUUACGCCGGGCUGCGCCACUCACCAAAAUACCAAAUUGUGCUUGGGAAUGCCUUGUCGGCGCGGCGCGGCGGACCUGACUUACGCCGCGCCUACGGCACGUCUCAGGCGAGGCACGAAAAUAGAGCCCUAUGACUUGAUGUAAAAAGCAUCAUGACUGGGUAAAGGUUGGCAAAAUGAAGCUAAUUCCUAAAAACUGCAAUCCCUCGAUUGUCCACUUGGGUCUGGCUCCGACAGCUUUGUAAGUCUGCUCAUGUAAAAAUUAGUUUCACAAAUUUUACAGCAUAGUUAGGGGCUAGUUUAACUGAUAGGCAGGUACAUUGACACUGUUCAUUGGGAGGCUACAGGCUCACCGUAACUCACCCUCUUUGCCUCUGAAAUGAAGUUGAGUCAGGAUUUCCAGUGUCCAGGGAUCUGGGGUAUUGAAUAAAGCAGACGUUUUAGGUAGGAGGGUUGUAGUUAGCAGCUUAUGACCAAUACCAGAUAUGACCAAGUCUGCUGUCAGAAUAUUGUCACAUUCAACAAGCGCAGAGAAAUCUAUGAUACAGGAGAGAAACUUAAAGGAUCACAUACAGUUAAUUAUUUAUCCAUAUAUGAUUCUAUGAGUUCAAAAGUUAGAUAUCAUUAAGUUGUAAUGGUUUGUGGCCCUUCCAUGGCUACUCACAGAACAAAUUAGCAUUAAAACUAACAUUUUCAUGAAGAUAGAUUUGCAUUAUGGUGUUUGUUAUUGCUCCUUGUCUGUUUUCUUCAAUUUAAUUAAUGUCUCUUUCAUGAAAAUAUCCUUUAUGUUGUCGAACUAGUACCACUGGAAAGAAACGGUUGUCAUCACAUAGUCAAGAAGUAGUGUUCACUCUGUAAACCAGCGUUAACACUGACGUAACAUUGCUGACUGUUUCUUUACUACAGGCUUAAGGUCUUGGAAAUAUCUAUUUUCAUCUCAUUAUUUGUGCUUUCCUCAACUUCUGUUAUGUCCCCACUCUAGACCCUCUGCCUUUACAUCCUGUGUGUUUCUCUCUUCCUUUCCCCGAGAGUCUUUGGAGUCAAUUUCAUUCCCUCUGUCUGCCGCUCUCUGAGCUUUCUCACCCCGCCACCCCCACCCACCUCUCUCUGGGUGAAUUUGUACAUGUGGUUAUGUAAGGGCGAGCAGUCAGUCUCCCUCCUGCAGCAGUACUAUCAGCUGCAGCCACACACAGAGAGAAAAAGAGAGAGAGAGAGAGUGAGGUAAGAGGAUGGAACCACAACACCAGUCCCUACAGUAAAAUGUAUAGGGGAUAGGCCUUACAGCUUGCCAUGCUGGUGUCGACCCAGCUCCAUCACAAUGCAAUCUUACAAAAUCUGAUCAUCUGGUUAGGGCAAGGUGCUUGAUUUGCAGUUUACUUCCUUCCCAUGGAUCUUUCCAGCAUGCCACUCCACACUCUUUUCCAUCCAUCAUCAUACCCUCUCUGAAGAAAAGCCCAAAAGCCCCAAAAUAAACUUAAAAAAAAACAAAUCAUAAUGCCCAGCUGGCAGCAAGAUGUUAAUUUGUCGGGGCAGUGGGUGAAAAACUUUCAAUCGUAUCUAUUAAUGGAAAAGUAAUGUCUGAAUUUGGAUUUCAUGACUUCCAAUUCCCUCCUGGUGCUGUGUUAUCAUACUGCUACUGUUCCUGACAAAUGCUGCUAUAAAACUCAUGCUGCUGAAUGCUGCUGAAAUACAUGUUGUCAAUUAAAUAGGGGGAUUUUAUGUCCACCACAUUAUUAACUCUAGUUUUUCAGUGGUUCUCUAUGAAGGAGGUCUCUCUUUAUUAUGAAAUAUAUAUGUCUGCAAGAUUGUUGGGUCAGGUUUGGACAGGAAAAUCAUAACCCCACCAAUGUCCAGCAUCUACUGGAGAAGGCAUUUCAGUGCAACAAAUAACAUUGUUCAUGUUAUUUGCGGUCCAAAUAGCUGUUUGGGGCAAUGAUCUUGACAUCACACCCCUCUAGCUAACCAAAACACACACCUUGCUUGCAAUUUAAACUUAAAAGAUAUCCCAUGGAUUCCCAUGUACAGUCCACAGCAGAACAAGUUCUUAAGUUGGUUUGAAGCCACUCUGAAAAUUGAAUGCUUGGACAAAAAGUGACCUGAUGUUGACAGAAACUGCAGUGAGAACAGUUAUUUGGAGUUUGACCAAUGUGGCAUCUGAUAACACGACAGAAGCGCGCUUUAUGACCUGUACUGUAACUAGUCAGUAGGGCACAAUCAGAAUAUCUUUGUUUUGCUUUAUGGGAGCUGACAUGUCACCCAUCUUUUAUUAUGUCAGUGAAACCUUAAUUGCUUGUACUUUCAACAAGCUUAUGGAUGAUACAGCAAUAACAUGAUUUUUUCUACCCUUUUUCGACUGUAAAAUCUACUACACAAGCCAGUUUUUGAUAGUUUUGUGCUUGGAAUAUUUUUUGUGCUGCCUGCUUGAAUGGUCCCUGAACCCAGAGCUGCUACCAAAAGUGACCUGUUUUUAAAGUCUGUUUCACACUCGUUAGGAGAACAGUGUUUGUAUAAGGGUGUAUAACCCUUGGUUAUCAUUAAGGUUACACCAUGUAUGGUAACAUGGUUUGUGUUUGCUUGUUUCUGAAUGUAUUAAGGAUAUUAAAGAGACUGUGUCUAUGCAAGGUUAGAUAGAAAGGGUAUGAAGUACAUAACAGAGUGAGGAUGUGUGUUUCUGUUGGUGUCAAUGUGUGUGUGCCAAGUGUGGGUAUGAAUGUGUGUGAGUUUGUGUCCCAUCCUGCACGAAGCCGUUGAAUGGGAUUAGAUAUGGCCAACAGCUCAGCUCUAGCCCUAACUGGCUUGAACAAGGCACAGUCAGACACACACAUACACAUUUGUCCUUCUAUAUUUGUGAGGACGCUUGCUUUGAGUGAUGCAGGCGUUCAGCGUGGUCCACUCUGUAAGAAUUGGACAAUCUUUACAGAUGUUAAAAAUGUGACAGAUUACAACAGGUGUGGCUGAUUUUAACUGUUUAAGUAAGCAGCAGUCCUGACUCUAGAAACUGAAAAUCUCAGUGGUUGUAAAGCUUAACAUCACCAGGUGCUUGGCUAUCUGGUACAACCAUUGCAGUUACUUUCUGUUGAACUCCACUCCUUAUCAGGUUGAUUGUUGUGGUUGACUGUUGUAGUUAAAAUUUAGAGUUGUGGGGGUGAGGAUGGAGAAAAUGUCAUUUUUUUUCAUCUUCAGCUCCUUCGGAUUAGAUGACAUUUCAAACCCUCUAUCCACAUCGUCAAUUACCCUGCAGAUUUUUCCUAUAUAUCUAGAUUAAAGUCAUAAUCUUUAGCUGGAUAUUCAGCAAACAUAUUAUAGUUCAGUCUAUAUUUUCAAAGUGGCUACUUUUUCAUGUUUAAUCGGUAAAACACACUUUCAUGUCUGUCAAACUAAAUAUUUGUAUAUGAUUCUUUAAUACAGCUUGAUUCAUUUAGUUGAGGAAACAUCAAAGAUUGAGGGUUGGGGAUUGAAGCUGAAGAGGCUAGUUCAUUUUGAUCCAUGUGAGCUGAACCUUGAUCUUAGUGUAAACUUGGACAUCGGAAGUCUACUGAGAUAUUAUUCAAAGGUAUAUGCAACACAUUAUUAUGAAUCCCAUGUUUUUUAAAUUUAAUGUUUUUCUACCAACUCUCUGUCAUAGUUUUAGUAUGGCUGUGAAGACCUAAAAAGGGCAACAUUAGCAUCACUCUCUCCAUCUGUAUCAUUGUUUUAAAGCUGAUAUUAACAUAGUUCAUUUUGACGAUUUCAUUUUUGCUUCAGCUGUUUUAAUUCCAAUUUUCAACCUCAGUUUCAGUUUUUUGAAUGCUAUCCUUGCUAUGCUAUGCAAUGCUAUGGUAUGCUAUGCUAUUACUACAAUAGAGUUAUUAGCUUUAGCUGGCAGUAAACUAAGAUCUGUUUCCAUUAUCAUACUGUUCCAGUAAAUGGUAUACAUACUUGUUCCAUGAUCUCUGACACGGUAAUCACACAUCUGUACGUGCUAUUGUUGUUGUUCAUCUUUAGCCCCCCUUUUAACCCAAUGCAGUAAUGGCAGAUGGCUGUCUAACAUGAGUCUGGUCAUUCUCAAAGUUUUUGCUUGUUAAAAGAAGUUCUUCCUCUCCACUGUAACUUGCUAAAUGCUGCAAAGUUCCUCACUCAUGUAGUUGAAGAUGGGACUGGAGUGGGAAUGAUCGCACAAGAUGGGACUCGAUCUUAGUCCAUUUCUAUGUUGGAUCUCAUGAAGAGUAUGGGCGAGUCCAGCUUUUUUUUUUUUUUUUGCUACGCACUUUGAGAUGUUUGUUUUGAAUUGGCACUACAUAAAUUAAGAUUGAGUGAUCACUUAAUAGCUAAAAUACAGUAAGGGGGAGUAAAAGAUUGGUCCUAAAGACGGGUACACUUUAGAUAAAGCUAAAAUGAAGUAUUUCAGUUAAUAAAUUACACAAGUGGUUUUGCAGAGAGAUAUUUUGUGUCUUAAUUCAUUGAAAGCCAUUUUGAACCAACUCAAGUUUAACUAAACUGCCCUCAUUUCUGAAGUCUCACCACUUGGUCCCCUCAAAGAGAGAAAAACAAGAACAUGCAGACACACACAGCACAAAAGACCCCUGGUUUUCUCUGAACACUCUGAAGUGGAAGCUGUGCGCAGUUUCUAAAAUUAGACCACUGGAUCUUCGUACAUAAUGCUAAUACUCUGGAUUGGGAUGCUAGGAGACACGUGACGUCACCAAGCGAUGACAUCAUCCCCUUCACUGAUGUCAUUGCUGCUAUUUUGGGGAGCCCAGUUGUGACAUGGAGGCAUAUCACAGUUAGAAUGAGUAAUACGGCAUGAAAAUGACUGGCAGGCUGUGCGAGCUCCCUGGUGUGUGUUCACAACAUCGAUACCAAAACGCAUAUACUUACCACAGGCACACACAGACACACACAUAGACACAGAGACACACACACACACACACACACACACACACACACACACACACACACACACACACCUGCCUGCUGGUUUGUGUGCUCAUGCUUCUUCCCUCUCAAUAACUUGUGCUCCCUUCCUGCAAAGGAUUCCACCAGCUUUUCACGGACACAGAAACAGACAGUUAGUUACUAUCAUGGAGCUGUUUUGCCAAGUUCCCACUACCACAUGUUCUGUGCUGCUGGGCUCUCCCACGUGGGCGAGAUGUGUGUGUGUGAGGUAGAAGUCAAGUGAGUGCGUGUGUGUGUGUGUGAGAAAGAGAGAGAGGAGGAGUGAGCUGAUCAUUUCUGCGUGGGUAGUGUACAGUGUGUACGGGAAACACCCCACUUUGGAGCAAGAGAGUGAGCGAGUGAGUGGGUGGGCGGCUGAUCGAUGAGUAUAUUCACUUUGUAGCUUGUUGAGCUGAUGUGUGUGUGUGUGUGUGUGUGUGUGUGUGUGUGUGUGUGUGUGUGUGUGUGUGACAAAGUAAUAGGUGGGUUGCUUGCUGCACUGUACUGUAGUGUGUGUGUGUGUGUGUGUGUGUGUGAACCUUGGGAGCUCCCAUGGUGUUGUCCACCCCCGCCUCUAUAAUUCAGCCACAAUUACAAGGCUCUCCUCUGCUGCAACUAAUGAAACCAUAAGUCAGCCUGAGACACACACACACACUUAUACGCAUACACACCACAAUACAAACACACACCACUGCAGCAGAACCAAGAAAGCAGAGGGAGAAAUAAAGGAGGGCUGAGAGUGUAUCAGAGAACAAAAAGAAAAGAGGUCUGACAAGAGGAGGAAGGAAGAGUAGUGUGGUUUUUUGCUGACUUUGAUUGUUUGUUGCAUGCUAGACAUUCACUUAAAUGAAUGGACCCAAGGAGUAUGGGUGCUGGGGCUCCUGCUGCACCCCUAAAUUAUGUACUAUGAAAACCAACAGUGUUUCCCUUUCUUAUAUUGAGUUUGGAAGUACAUGUGAUAUACACAGUAUAUAUAUAUAUAUAUAUAUAUAUAUAUACAUUUUUGGGCCAGUCUACUGUACGAAGGCCCUGAGGGUCAACUGCACAAACAGCUCACAACCGCAUAAAAAACUUUGCUUACAAUAACAUGAUUUCAUGAGGCAUCACUUUUUAUUCUGCUGAUACAUGUUGAAAUUCUUUAUUUGGAAUAACCCCUUGAGAUGAACCAUCUCGUUUUCGAGGGGAUCCUCAAAUACAGAUACGUAGAAAUACAAAUCAAUGGAAAACAAAACAAAGCCAACAAUAACAAAACAAAAUAAACAAAGCAAUAACAAAUAAAUGACACAAAAGAGAAAGUAAAGAAUAAACAGAUAACAACAACCAAGAAGUAACACAAAAUACACAAACAACAAAACACAAAGCACAUAUAUGAAAAAAAAAAAAAUUACGUCAAAGAUCUGAUAUUCUGUAAUUAGUGAAAGCAUGAACACAUGAUCUCCAGAUGAGAGGACAGCACGGUUUUGAAUAGUUGAAAUGAGGUUAUUGAUCAAAUCUGAACAGGUAGAUUGUUCCAAUCAGUGGGAGCUUUGCACCUAAAAGAUUUUUUGCCAACUGAGUUGGAUACAUUUAUUGGAACUUUAAAAUAAAUCUAUGCACAAUGACGAAGAUGAUGAUUAGAUGUGAAGGGGUCCAUAUACUGCUUAAGAUAUUGUGGGUAAUUAAAAUGAAUGCAUUUGAAGAUGAACUGAAACCAGUGCUGCUGUUGUCUAGCUAAAGGAGAUAGAAAGUUCAAGUCGUCAUACAUGGUGCAAUGACGGGUCAAGUAAGAACAGCCAGGAACAAAUCUGCAUAAGAUGGGCUACAUGGGCUCCAUUACAGUUGACAGAUGCAUAACUCCCCCAAAAUUGAAUAUAUUAAAAAUGAAAACUUUCUUUUUAAAUAUUCAUUUAAUGAAAAUUCAUCACCUUAUGAUGUAUUGACUCAUGCAUGAGGUUUUUUUUUACACUAUAUGAUAUACACGUGUUUCUGCAGCUAAUGGGGUAUUUUUGCAUUAUAUGAAAAAAUGUCUUUCAAUUUCAUUAAAUAUUUUUUGUUGUAUAUCUUUGCACUUCAUAACUGAAGCCUUCUUGACGUAUUUUUGGUUGGAGCUCCUGUGAGGAACUUUUGAUUUGUGUCAACUUUGAUGCCCUCUGUGGCAUCUACCCCCUCGCACCAGCUUUAGGCAUUAAAAUUCACUGUAUAAAAAUCAUGAAUCUUGUUGCGCGUAAAUCCUGUUUGCUUUAAUAUGUCAUAAAACGGUUUUCAUAUGAAUUUCAAACAAUUUCAUAAAUGUAAAAUUCCUCAUAGGAGCCUUAAGUAAUUUUUUUUAAGCAUGAAAUAUAUUUAUAUUUCAAUAAAUAAUUUUUCAAAAUUUAAAUAAAGCAAAAUGUAGCAGCAGUUCAAUUUGUACUUUUUCAUAGGUAGCUGUUUUGGGAUUCUUUUUAAAUUUUAUAAAAUUAUUUGUUUUUGUUUUUGUUUUAACCAUCAAUGUUUCAGUAGUUGAUCUUCAGGACUACUGUAAUACUCCCAGCACAGUAGAACAGAUUACCAGAUUGGAGCUUUCCAAACGUGUGCGCUAACUGAGGUGUACCCAACUAUGACUAACUCCGUGUCCCUGCUGACAUAGUGUGAGAAUAACAUGAAUUACACAUGUUUCAAUGUGCUAAUUUGAAAAUAUUCAACAAGAGAAAAUUUUACUGUAGAGAGAAAGAAGGAGAAACUGACAUUUGGGAUUAUCUCUUUACUUCCUUUUGGGUUGAAUGCAAUACAGCUGGUGAUAGUCUUUCAUGAUAAUGAGUAACUGCAGCUCUAUAUAAUUGAAAUAUCAGCUUCAUUAGCUUCAGGAUUUGUCUCUCCCUCUCCUCUAGGGAAGUAUGUACAGGAACAAUAUUCAGUCUUCUUAACUCUUACAAGUAUCGGUAACAAUGUAAACCUGGACUGCUGCAUGGUCAGACUAGGAACCAUUCCAGCAGUAUUACAGAUGGCUUUUCCACAGAUAACCAGCAGAUGAUCAGAUCUUAGUAUGUUCCCCCUCUCUCUGUGUAUAAACUCAAUCCUGCAGCUCAGGACAGGAGAAAUAGAUGUAGAAAAUGUCUAAGUGUAUGAACAGGUGUUUUAGAAACAGUCCUGGUUUAAAGCUCCUAUGAGGAUUUUUUUUACUUUGCUUUUUAUGAUAUCCAAAUGCAAACAAGACCAUCAGAAACAUUAACUGGCAAUUUUUAAUGAUCAUUUUUAGGGCCCCAACUUAGCAUGAAGGGGUCAGAUUCAGCAGAGAAGUUGCAGAAACAGCCCUGUGUUCACAAUUUCAACUCAAAAUAGUUUCAACAAAUGAGACUUCACUGUAACAAGUCAGCAGGGUAACUAAGUUCUUUAAGGGACUUUUCAGUGUAUAAAAUCAUCCACUACAAUUGGACAAAAUGUUAAAGCACCUGUUAGGAAAAUUUGGUUUGCGUCAUUUUUGGCGCCUCUGUGGACAAAGCAGCCUUUGCUUACCAGUGACUUUUGUCAGUGAAAUAUGUCAUUUGUUGGGAACACCUAAUGUGUUGGUUGUAAAAACCUCAGCUGACACCUACCCCUCUCUACAGUGGUUUCAUAAAACAGAUGAGAGACAGCAGGAAUCAGGCACCAGGUCAUGAAGCCAGCACUGACUGUUAGGACUUCUGCAGUCAAUAAAGUAGGACACAAAUACAGGAUAAUACGAAAUGGUACCUUUGGUGGGAGCUGAAAAAUUGAAAAAAACAGGGAUGGAGGAAUUAAAGUGGGCGGGGGGGUAUGGGAGUGUAGGAGAAAAUGUAUUGAGCGCAGAAAAAGAGAUGAGAGGCAUGAAGACUGCAGGCCUCCACUGCUCUGUGAAGCUGCUUUGCCUGGAGCGAUCUGCCUCCCUCUCCCUAUCUCUCCCUCUUUCUAUUCCUCUCUACAAUGGUGCUUCCAGCAGAAGGCAGGGAGUUUAAAAGGAAGAUUUUUUAGCCAAAUGUGUUGGCCUCCAGGCCACCCUGCCACCAAGCACAUGACAGCACAGAGGCAGAGAGACGGGGAGAGGUGAGUUGAGAGUAAAUGAGCAGCAGCAGCAGCAUGUGCAGACAUCUACAAUAUGUCUUAAGUUUCUUUGUUGAUGAUGCUUGAGGCCCCUGCAGGGCUUAUACCUCUUUUUAUCCUGGUUGUGGGACUGUCUUUGUAAACUUCAGAGAUUCCUGCCUCAUCACACAACAUGUCAAGUACCUGCAAUCUGUGAUGUUUUUUCUUCCUUUUUCCAAAAACACUCCCCUGGCCAAUUGUAUUGUUGUUCAAUUUGUGUGAUGGAACUUCUCUUUUACCUGUUUUAACAUAGCCUAAAUUAUAUGUGAAUUCAAUAUUAAGUCGUGCAAAGAUGUAGUUCCAUGUAUGCAUAAAUAGAGGAGACUUUCAGUGCCCUUUCUUAAAUGUUAGGAAUCACCAUAAAUUAUAAGCCACUUUGCAGAGCAGGGUCUAGAGUACUUUUUUUUAUAAACACAAGCAUUCAAGUCUUCAAUCUUGACCAAAAAGAAUUAAGAAAGCAAUAAACUCUUAAGGCAGUGCAGCAGUGGACACAGUGAAAACAGGAAAUCAUGCACCAAUCCCCUUGCAAACAUGCACAGAGUUCCUGAAAGUGUCCUCAAGUGGUGGGUUAGCUGUGUGCAGCUUCAUGCUGAAUAUUUCCUACUAGACCCUCAGUAUCAUUUCAGGAUACAGUCUGGGUGAGUUCAUGUCAGCAGUCAAUUUUCUGAAGAAUUCACUAUAAGCAGCAAUGCACUUUAAACAGGAGCUUUGUCUUUUUAUACAUCCCUCCUUCUUCUUUUAACAAGGUUUUGUUUAGUACGAGGCUUCCUUACAAGAUACAACUACCUUAUUAAGACUCUGCAUGUGCAGAACGCUAAGGCCAGUUUCAGUUGAAUAGAGGGCAUACAUGAAAAAGAAAAUUGAACCCCAACUGCAUAAUCCAGGUAUGUUAGUCCAACCAUGAGAAGUUCAGCUAAGUGGGAUCUCAGUCAGACUAAUGUAUGUACAUGUAUUUAAAAAGUCACUUUUGUCGGCUCUGUUCUGUGUUUUGCUGCUGCUCUCCCUGCUUUGGCUUUUUAUGUAUGCAGAUGCAACAGAGGGAAGGUGUGCUCUACACCACUUAAGAUUUUGCCCUUCCACGUUCGCAUGUGGAAGGACAGGGAGAACACAGCCAUGCUGCCAAAUAUAAGGAUUGCUUAAGUAAUUGAUUUAUUUGAUGAAAGUGGUCGUGGCUGAAUUAGAAAUUAGAACUCAAAAGAGAAUUUGAUUGGCUAGCUUCAGGUAUCCGUUGCUGCCUUAGUGUAAACCCACAGUGUCUAAAGGUGGGGUAGGCAGGAUCUGAAGAAGUGCCAGUUUUUAGGAGAGAUCUUGGGCUCUAUUUUCGUGCCUCGCCGGAGACGUGCCACAAGGCGUUCCCAAGCACAAUUUGGUAUUUUGGUGAGCGGCGCAGCCCGGCGUAAGUAUCCCCCCUCCCUAACUCAGCUCCUCUCAGCGGCGUAAGUCGUAGCAAGGGAGGAGAGAGGGCGUGGAGUGGGUUUAACACAGCUGAGACCUGUAUUGACCAAUAACAUCAACUCUUCUACUCGCCUUUAAAUCUGCCACCGGCAAGGCGUAUUACUAUUUUCGUGAAGUAGUCAAAGAGAUCAAGAGAUGUCUGAAGACAGUAAUGCCACACGAUGGCGACAGAAGGCAGCCCCUCAACAAGUGUCGCUGCAGAGGGCGUCCUCCACACUCUCUCAUAUGAGCACAGAUGGAUUUGGUGUGUGUAAUGUUGGACCCACUAGUAAGACAAACAUCCUUUUCCACAAAUAAAGACACUCACAUAAAGUUGCAUAUAUUCAAACCUCACGUGACAAAGGUGGGUUGAGUGCACAGAUCACAACAUAAAUUCCAAAAAUGGCAUUAAAAUCGGAACUAUCUGUGCGUAAUGACGCAUCGCGCUCCAUGGCCUUUCUUUCAUAGAUGUUGGCAUAUAAAAUAAAUUUGGCUCACAAAACUGAAUAUUAUAAUAUUCAUACAGUAUGUAGGCUUAAAGUAAAUAACUCAUCUGAUCACUGAAACAAAUCAUCUGCUCAGCCGAGGCAGCAGCUGCUGUAGCAGGACGGGGAGAGGACUUGGACACAUGUCCAGGUCGAGAUCCGCGAGAAAUAAGAGGAAGAGGAAGAAAGAAAAGGAGGGAGAAGAAUUACAUAUCUUGUUAACUUUAUCAUGUGUGUCUGUUUACUAGAUAUUUAAUUUAAUUUAAUGUGGUUUCAGCUGUGUUGAUUCGGUCAGGUUGUGCGUCCAAACGUGUGCCAAACGCGCUCAUCAGAUCAGAUAUCAGAAUAUAUCGAUAUAGAUCUAAAUGUAUGUGCUGACUCAGAUUAUUAGUUGUUGAUGAUUAUUUAUUGCACUGAAAUGUGCCUGACACUGCGGAAACCUGCCGGUGAGGCAUUGGUGACGCAUGCCGAUACGCCGCCGGUCUACCAAAAUACCACUAGACCAGCUGCGCUCCGCCUGCGCUGAAAGUUUAAAAGGGUUAGGGUCUAGGGUUAGGGUUAGAAUCGGUGAGCUUUCAGCGCACUUUAUACGCCAGUGGUGAGCACGAAAAUGUCACUGCGGCAGCUGAUUCUGUCGACACCUCCCUCUGCCACGCCACCACACCCAGCUUGGCGGAUCUCAGUGCGCCUCAGUCCACGAAAAUACCAAAUUGGCUGUACACGGGCUCCGCCGGAAGAAAAUACAACUGCGCGGGGUCCGCCGCCUCAUCGGCAAACACGAAAAUAGAGCCCCAUGAAUGUAAACACUACCCCUCCCAACCAGUUUUCCCCUUAGCUCCUCCUCUCCCCUCCCUCUCUGCUUCAGCAAGCUCCACCCACAAACAAAUGCUGCUGCUCGCUAUAUACAGAUAUAAUACAGAUAAAUACUUCAGAUAAUUACAAAUGGGGCCCAGUCAAUGUGAAAGUAACAGCAUUGGUGCUACUGUAGAUGCCAGCAGACUACCAGUGAACACAAUGUUUGCAGGACUUCUACAACUAGAAUAAAGUGUCAUACUCUAAGACCUGAGGUAAACAGUUUAGUGGCGCUGCAUCACGCAGCAGGUCCCAUUUGACAAGAAACGUUUCCGUUACAGACACUUGGCUUACUUUGUUAUAACAGUUUACCUGUCCAGCAGAAAGGUUGCAGGGUCCAUAAGAUCCCAAAGUGUCCCCCAUCGUUUAUGCUAAUGUUGACCCGGCUUCUUAGCUCUUGUCCGGUUUACCUCUGUUUUAAGUGCCCAUUAUUCUGCCAGAAUCUCUGGUAUUUACUUCAUUUUCUUGCUUGUGUUGGUCGUGGCCAAAUGAGGAUUCAGACAAUUUUCCUUACUUUUUGGUUGGUUUCUACUGCCCAAUAUUGUAGCACGUUAACUUUGUUUGGGCUUGUGAAUGACAGGGGAGUAGCGUCUGCCUCACAACCAAUCAGCACAAAGGAGCAGAGUCCGCUUCACAACCAAUCAGGUCGGGGAGGUGGAGAACAGCUUUGUUUACAGUCAGAAUGCCACUCAAAAAAAUGUAAAAUGUUGACUACACUGACAUAACAGAACACAACAAUAUCAUGAUAUUCCCAAAUGUCAUCAAUAACUAACAGCUAUUGACUGAUCUUAAAAACUUUUUUGUAUAUACACCACAAAAAAAGAUGCUUCUUUAACAGAAUCCUGCCUACCCCACCUUUAAUAUGUGCUGAAAUGCAAAACUUGACAUGUCUAAUUGCAGCGUCUCCGGUGGGUGGAGCUUUGAAAAUAAUCAAUAAAAAUUUAAAGAUAAAAUGCAAGCUUGCUGCCAUAUAUUAUGUACAGGACAUGCCCUGUGUAUAUGUGUGUGUAGCAAGCAACAGUGUGUACACCUCCAGUGAGUGAUAAAUCAAGUAUAGUACAGGUGUGUGUUGGUAUGUGUGUGUGCGUGUGUGUGACAGAAGGCAUUUCCGCUUACUCUGGAGAAAAGACAUGCAUGCCUGAUUGUGCAUGCAGUAUGCUGCUGGAUAAAGAGGCUUUCCACCUUGAAGACAAUUUGCCCUGACAGCUCAUGUCAAUGAAGAAGCGGAGAUGGGGUUAAAACAAAUACGAGGGAGGAGGGGAGGCUUGGUGCAGAGCCAAGUCUGAGGUCACCUUAAUAUCUGAUCUGCCCCACUGAAUGGAUUCAUGUGAGUGCAGCUUGAUAGACAGUGAAAGAAUUUGAAUUUGAUAUGAGAUUUCAAAGGAAAGAGACGCGGAUGGUUUUUUUUUUUUGUUUGUUUUGUUUUUUGUUUAAAGCAUUUUAAAAAGCUACUGAACAAAAUCUGAAGAGGUACUAUCUUUUCAAAGGGGACCAAGGACAAGUGUGUUAUUGCUAUCUAAUGCAGCCAUUUGUAGGUGUCCCAGAGAAAAGCAAUAAAGCCUUAUAUUUAGUUAGAUUUGGCAAUCACUUUUAGAAGUUUGCAUAACAGUGUACUCUUUGGACACUGCUUUAACAAACUUUGACAGGAUAAAGUACAUGAGCAGACCGACUAAAAGCUAGGAGAAGUUUUUGGGCUGAUGGAGUUUCUAAAUCACUUUACUCCUCCUGAAGGGCAACAAAAAGCUGUUUGGACAAAAGUACAUUGAAUAUAUUUGAUCAUAGUUACAGCAGAAGGUAGCUGGAUGUGCAUGUCCAGACCUACUUUUUGAAGUUGAUCUGUACCGCUGUUGUUGUCCAGUCAGCAAACUUUGAGUCCAAGUCAGGUCUCAGGUCCUCAGAGGGUCUGUGUUGGGUCCUCAUUACCUGUGCUGAAGGGAGGUUGUUUAAUGAUGUCUGUCUGUGGGCUGAGACAACUAUGCCUGAUCUUUUUCCAAAGACGCAAAUACACAAAGAAACUGACAAAGAAGAACUAAUCUUGAAUCUUGAGUGAAAAAGACUUUUCAUGUAAUCAGUAGACUAGGGUGGCUUUGGUUUUCUGAGUUCACCUGGGCAGGUCUUUAGGUCCAAAUAGUCGAAAAUAUUAUAUAAAAAAUGGUUCCAAGUCAGUUUGAGAUGUUUUUGGAUAUGUAAACAAAACAGGGUGUUUGUGGACAACUUGUAAUGUACUAUUACAUGAAAAAGAAGGGUGAAAUUACAUUCAAGUUUGAAGAUAUGGAAAUUAAUUAAACUUUGACCAUCAUAAAAAUAGGGGAUGACAUAACAAUAACAACACCCUGGUCUUGCAUUUCCUUAAUUUAACUUGUUGUGAAAUAAAUGGGGACGAAACUCUAUUUCUUAUCGCAUGUUAAAACUUUCAGUCAGUUCAGAUUUGAAAUAGAGAUAGAAUAUAUAAAUUAAUUAUUAAAAUGUUGGUGAUAUAGUAAAACCAGCAAAGUUUUUUUUAAUAACAAUGUUGAAACUACAGUUUUAGUGGUCAUGAAAAUUGAGGGCAUUUGGCCUAUGUAGCAUUACUCAAUUUAACUCACCAAUACAACCUGAGUUCUCCCAGCUGGGGCUAGAUCUAAAUUUUUAAUGGUGCUAGGUUUGAAUAUUAACUAAAUAUUAAAUAGAUAUUGAGUUGUGGUUCAAAUUUGAUUUGCUCAUGUGGUGACAUGUUUUAAAGAUGCUGGAAUUUCAUGACUUUUAAUCAAAUUUAAACAGUAAAAGGUAGUGUUGGCUGUUUUCACUCUUACCUGUCAACUUUAUGUUAGUUUUAGUGAUAGUCCUUAAAAAUUGUUGGUCAGCUGGCUUUAUUAUAUUUUUUUCCCAUUUGACCAUUAGUGUUUUUGAAUGAGAAAGAAAAUAAGGUCAGAAAGAGAAUCAGAAAAAUGCAGGAAAGCAUAACUGUUGGUGAAUCUAACAUUAGAUGCAUCAGAAACCACCAUCAAGCUCCAUGACCACGGCAGCACCAUGACAACCCCAAGGCCAAUCAGCAAAUCAGCCACACAGAGGGCAAGCAGAAAGACAGCUGAUAGAUGGGCUGAUACAGGAGGAAAAGUAGGCAGAGGCAGAUGAAGAGUUAGAGAGAUGGGGUGAUAGAAGGAUGGAGAAAUGUCCGAUAGGAGGAGAUGGACACUGCCUGGUGGAGGAGAGAUAUGUGAUACAGAUACCAAAGUCACAAGAAUGCAAAAGGUAGAAAAAACAGUGUGAAGCCGAAAUAAAAGUGAAGUGAGGGAAGUUUUGCAUUCCAGUGGUCGCCAUUUCUGAGGACAGUCCCCAUAUUGGAUGAUCUGUCCCCGGCUAAAACUGUCCCCAGCUAAAACUGUCGCCGGAAGGUCCCCGAUUUAGGCUUUUCACAAAUGAGAACAGAAUUAUGGUAGUCGAGUAGGUAGGAAGCACGAGAUAGCAUGUUGUGCGCAGUCCUGAACAACUUUUAUAGGGGAUUAUUACGGGGGGCAUGCGCUGCUACUAAGUAGUACCGACAUGUUGUCUGUGAUCACGCAGCCCAUGCAAUCUCAAAGUAUUGAUCAUUUUUAAUUGUUUAAUCAAACUUGGCAGUAUGGCUCAAGUCUGAGAGCUUUCUGGCCCUCCACAUAUGUGAAAUGCCAAAGGCUGAGGCAGGCAGAGCAUACCUCUACAUGUGAAGCCAAGGCAGGGAAAGUAGCAGCAAAGACCCCAGUGCCACAGAACAGAGCUAACAAGAUGAGCUCAGCCAUGAAGAUUAAAUGUUUGUAUGCUGGAUUGUAACAUCUGUGUGAUAUAUUAAAAUAAGGUUUUUCUGUGAUAAAUUGAUUUCUUGAUCUGUUUGAACUAAUAGCUAUCAUAUCUCCAGUGCAUGUUGACUGAUGACAAUCUUGUCAAUGACAACUAUUUCUGCCUUUGUGUGUCUUUGUCCAGGCGCUGUACGAGCCUCCAGUAUCUUCCCCAUCCUGAGUGUAAUCCUACUCUUCAUGGGGGGCCUCUGCAUAGCCGCCAGCGAGUUCUACAAGUCACGCCACAACAUCAUCCUCAGCGCAGGCAUCCUCUUUGUCUCCGCAGGUAUGAAACUGAUGGGAGGGAGGAGGCAAAGACAAGAGAGAGAGGGAAGGGGGAACUAGAUAAGGGCAGCAGGAGAAGCAGGAAAUAUCAGAGUGAAAGUGUGAAGGAAAAAAGUGAGGGAGGAUGGUCCGCGUACUUGGCGGCAAUUUGGGAGACGGAUUUGGAAAGCGAAAAGAUCAAUCAGAGUAAUAUAAUAACUCAAUCAGAGUUAAUCAGAGUAUUUGACUUUCUAUAAUGUGGCUUUAAACAGAAAUCGAAAAUCAAAAUACAUGCGUGGAAAUCUUGUGUUUCAAGUUUCCCUCACUUUUUUUGUUGUGACCAGGAAAUUGUGACUUGGAGUGAGAGGCUCUCGUUAACACAGACAGAGGACUAGAUACGUCAGCGUACUGUAGCAGCCCUCUUAGCUACGUAUGGAUGUGGCAGCAGUCUUGGUGCGGGCAACGUUCCUAUUAAAGCGAUUAGAUGUACAUAGAAAAUAAAUAUCUUUCUCAUUUCUCCACAAUUUUUGACAUGGUUUACUUUAUUGUCAACACCAAAACAUGUACUAUUAAUACAGGACAUUUGCUUAAAAAAAAAAAAAACAAUGUUCUGUAUGAAUAGCACAGGUCAUAUCUGUAGCGGAGCCAGCAUUUUCCACAGUAACUACGCUAAUCGCAAUCAUGAAAGCCAUCGAGGAUGAAAACAAUGUGUGAACAUUAUCUGUCACCUUCAAUGGGACAGUGUUAAAAUCCCGCUUCCCUUCUCUAUCGGGGGGUUGAAGAAGGAGAUAAAGAACGGGCUUUAUAUACAGUGCAUCCGGAAAGUAUUCAUUCCACUUCACUUUUUCCAAAUUUUGUUAUGUUACAGCCUUAUUCCAAAAUGGAUUAAAUUCCUUUUUUCCCUCAAAAAUUAUACACAGAAUACCCCAUAAUGACAAAGCGAAAAACUUUUUUUAGAACAUUUUGCAAAUUUAUUAAAAAUAAGACACUCAAAUGUUGCAUAUACAUAAGUAUUCACAUCCUUUGCUAUAAAUCUCAAAAUUGAGCUCAGGUGCAUCCUGUUUCCACUGAUGAGCCUUGAAAUGUUCCUCCAACUUGAUUGCAGUCCACCUGUGGCAAAUUCAGCUUAUUGGACAUGAUUUGGAAAGCCACACCUUUCUAUAUAAGAUCCCGCAGCUGACAGAGCACGUCAGAGCACAAACCAAGCCAUGAAGUCAAAAGAAUUGUCUGUAGACCUCUGAAACAGGGUUGUAUCGGCGCACAGAUCUGGGGAAGGUUACAGAAAAAUAUCUGCUGCAUUGAAGAUCCCAAAAAGCACAGUGGUCUCCAUCAUUAAGAAAUGGAAGACGUUUGGAACCACCAGGACUCUUCCUAGAGCUGGCCGCCAAGCUAAAAUGAGCACGCGAGGGAGAAGGGCCUUGGUCAGGGAGGUGACCAAGAACCUGAUGGUCACUCUGACAGAGCUCCAGCGUUCCUCUGAGGAGAUGGGAGAACCCUACAGAAGGACCACCAUCUCUGCAGCACUCCACUAGUCAGGCAUUUAUGGUAGAGUGGCCAGACAGAAGCCACUCCUUAGUAAAAAGCAUAUGACAGCCCGCUUGGACUUUGCCAGAAGGCACCUGAAGGACUCACAGACCAGGAGAAACAAAUUAUCUGGUCUGAUGAAACAAAGAUCGAACUCUUUGGCCUGAAUGCCAAGCGUCAUGUUUGGAGGAAACCAGGCACCGCUCACCACCUCACCAAUACCAUCCCUACAGUGAAGCAUGGUGGUGGCAGCAUCACGCUGUGGGGAUGUUUUACAGCGGCAAGAACUGGGAGACUUGUCAGGAUCGAGGGAAAAAUUAAUGCAGCUAUGUACAUCGAAAUCCUUGAUGAAAACCUGCUCCAGAGUGCUCGAGACCUUCAACUGGGGUGACGCUUCAUCUUCCAGCAUGACAAUGACCCUAAGCACACGGCCAAGAAGACAAAGGAGUGGCUUCAGGACAAGUCUCUGAAUGUCUUUGAGUGGCCCAGCCAGAGCCCAGACUUGAACCCGAUUGAACAUCUUUGGAAAGACCUGAAAGUAGCUGUGCACCGACGCUGCCUAUCCAACCUCACUGAGCUUGAGAGGAUGUGCAAGGAAGAAUGGGAAAUAACUCCCCAAAUCCAGGUGUGCCAAGCUUGUUGCAUCAUAAACAAGAAGACUGGAGGCUGUCAUCGCUGCCAAAGGUGCUUUGAUCAAGUAAUGAGUAAAGGGUGUGAAUACUUAUGUAUAUGCAACAUUUGAAUGUUCUUAUUUUUAAUAAAUUUGCAAAAUGAUCUAAAACAAUGUUCGCUUUGCUACUAUGGGGUAUUUUGUGUCAAAUUUUUGAGGGAAAAGGGGAAUUUGAUCCAUUUUGGAAUAAGGCUGUAACAUAACAAAAUGUGGAAAAAGUGAAGUGGUAUGAAUACUUUCCGGAUGCACUGUAUUCUGUAUACUAGCAUGUCGCUGGUCUGUUAGGGACGUUGCUGUAGAAGAUAAGCUGAGGCUUAUCUUCUCACAAGGUUGGUCGCAACUUGUUAACAGAGGUUGGACACAAUCUUACAUGUAGUCAGAGCCUCAAUGUCCCUCAACAUAACCGUGUCCGGGUUUGAGUGUCAGCUCCAAGUGAAAUAUACAUAACCUGUUGAUGAACUACAGGAGCCGAGUGAUCUUGCAGCCAUGCAGCUGCAACUCCGUGGAGGGUGUGUUAGUAUUUGGGAAAUUUAACCAAAAUUAUGAAAUGAAUACAUUUUCAAUCACUGUGACUGAUUUUUUUUCACAACUUCCAGGUCACAACAAAAAAGUGAAUGAAACUUGAAACACAAAAUUUCCACACAUGUAUUCUGAUUUUCGAUUUUUAUUUAAAGCCACAUCACAGAAAGUCAAAUACUGAGUUUUUAUUAUCAAAACAGUACACAGUUUGAUUUCCGUUUUCUGAUUCCCUACUAGUUGAUUUUAAUUUUUUCGUUUGGAAACAGAAAUCAUUGGCUGCCAAGUACACAAACCAUGGACAUGGCAAUGUGAUUGUGCAGUCACUGAGCGACAUUAGUUUUCUCUGGGGAAAGAACUCAGAAAUAUACAGUGUGUCAAUCAUUUUCCCUUCUUGUAAAUAUAUUGUCUCUACUAGCUUCUCCUAGGCUGCUGAAUGAAGUCUGAUAAUUGGUGUUGGGCAGUUGGUGUACCAAAGCUCUCCCACUGAUAGCUGCUUUCUGCUGUGGAAAAAUAAAAAAAAAAACAAGAGAGAUGAGUGUGAACCAAACCAGUUUAGCUGCAGGGCAUGAAACAGAACACAAUGUACCUCAAAAGCCACAAAAAGGCUGAGACACUGAGUAGAGAGCACUUGACUGAUGAUCAACCCAAACAAGAAGACAACUUGUAUACAGAGCACUAUAAGGCACAAGUUGAAGCUCAGAGUAAUUCGAAGAUUUCAAAUGUCUUAUUUUUUCUAGGAAGGUAGAGACAGACUACAUGGGGGUGGUGUAAUGUGAGUAGUUUUUAGCUGCCUGCACUCCACACCAAGAUGUGGCCAAGAUUGUUUUAAGAUUGAUACUUUAGUUCUUUUUUUUAUUUAAGUGGUAUUGUAUUACGUACUUGUCAGUAGGCGGGAGAACAUGCACUGAGUGCAGCUGAGUUUUGCAGCUCAAGGAAGAACAUUUAUAAUUAAUCUUGUAUGUGCACUGCAGACAAGGUAGUUCCUCUGUCUUAGCAUCUUUCUGAUUGCAUUACCAAUAAGUAAUAAUCAUAAAUAUUCCGCUGUUGUGUUUGGUCUCUUUGCUAAAUAAAUAAGUCAAAGCUAAAAAGAUGUUUGGUGGCCAGUACUAUGGCUGGGACCCUAUAUGAUUAAGUUAGGUGCUGUUCUGAGCAUUAUUUGUGGCUAAAGAGUGGCUUUUUGGUUGAGGUUUUCACAUGGAGACGUAGAUCUGUGUAUUGCUACCGUGCGGUGUUUGCUGAAGUUGGUACUACUAGAGAAGCAAGCAGUCUGCAACAUUCAUCUCUCGAGGGGGUGUCUAACUUAGUGUUACGGUGUGUUUAACCAUACCUUAAAUUUACGCUGAAUAUCCCUUUAAGGUUGGGCCAUAUAAGCUUCAGCUUCAGUCUACACUUUUUUUUUUGUUGGCUUAUAAUGAAUUGAUUUAUUUGUGUUUAUAUCUAUCUUAUUUUUCCUUGCAACACGUCGCAGUGUUGUUUUCGUCAGGCAGGACGAAAACUUAAAUGACGACCUCAGACCCCUUUUUUCCUUGACAAAAAUGAGACUAAGACGAACGUCACCAAAGCUCUGUAAAGACUAAAAUGUGACGAAAAUUGUAUUCAUUUUCGUCAGACUAGAACGAGACGAGACUAAAUUGCUAUUAGGUGGACGAACAAAGUUUCAAAACAUGCUUUUUUUGUCCUAACAGUCACGCCCCCAUCACACACGCACCAAAAGCCUCGCUCGCGCACAGCUGCGCGCACACACUCAUACACAUACACAGAGCGGCAGGUGGACGAGGCGCGCGCACACACACACACCGUGGCGGCAGGCACAGCAGCGGUGUCCGGUGGCCGAAAAAAGAGGGAUGAUUUAUGGUCCUACUUCAGAUACAGUCCAAGUGACAAUAAAACACAAUGUCUUGUACGGGGACGGGGAGACGAGACAGACGACAGUUGUGGAGCCACAGCUUCCUCAUGCUGCGGCUUCAAACUGUCGGGAAAGAACACCACGAACCUCAAAAGGCACCUUUUCGAGAGACUAAAACUAGACUAAAACCUUUUGAGUUUUCGUCGGACUAAAACUAGACGAAAACUAUCAAGGAUAGAAAUGACUAAAAUGGGACUAAAACGAAGAAGCAUUUCGUCAAAAUGACUAAGACUAAAACUAAAUCUAAAAUGCCUGCCAAAAACACCACUGACACGUCAGCGUCGUCGUUUUCUUUCGCUUCAUCCGGGCCCGGGUUGCUCCUUACCCUAUCUCUAAGGCUGAGCCCGGCCACCCUGCGAAGGAAACCCAUUUCGGCCACUUGUAUCCACAAUCUUUUUUGAUGAUGAGUGUGUUGUUGAGCAGCCGAAAAAGGAAAUGCACUGUUUUGGAGACAGCUUAAGUCCUGAUGGCGAACGCAAAUCACCAGGUGAUGGUGAUACCAUUGGGUGUGUACCAUAAAACUCUGUGCCUCACGGACACAAAGAUCGUCCAGGUUGCCUUUCUGCCUGAGCAUUUUUGUGUCUUAUUUUUCUCUUCUUAUAGUGUGUGCAUGCAUGAGUGUGUUUGUACUCUGGUUCUAGGCCAUGGCCUAAUGUGCUGCGCAAGAUAACUAGUUCCCCUCCAAGUCAGAAGCAGGGGAUGCAGUUCUCUCUGUUUCCCUCACUCUCUUUCUCACUCUAUCUGUCUCUCUCACCCUGUUGCUAGGCUAAGAGGAGGCCACUGGGAUUACACUCUAAAAAUAAGGUGUCCCUGAUACUCUUCCGCUCUGAUCCCUCUCAAUCAGACCCUCGCACCUUUUCUGUUUGUUUAAACAGUACUGACAUCACUGUUAUCUGCAUGUUUGUCUUUUUGUGUGUAUGCCGUCUUCAAUGUUUCUGUGUCAGAAAACACAGAGCUGAUCAAUUAGUUGGAAGGCAAAAAGGGUGAGAGUUUUGCUAUCAAUUCAAACAUGGUUGUGGGGUGAAAAAGCAGGGAAAACAACAGCGAAACAGAAGAGAAAAUCAAAAUCUGGACUGUGACAAGUGGGAUGAACAGGAAAGGGACACAGGGAUACAAGUUCAUCUUUACCUGUCUUGGUUUCUGACAUGCUGUCUGAUUGGCUGUGAUAAGUUAACUGUUUUUCACCUAAUCAAUGCAAUCAAAACUAAGGCUGUACAAAGAUAACUUUUCAAAAGCCAUGAUUUAUCACAGAUUUUCUUUAAUUAAUCUGAUUAAUCAUAUUUUAAUCAUGUAUUUAAAUACUUUGUGUGUGUGUGUGCAGUUCUUAUGACUGUGUUGGUCUGGACAUCUUGUGAUCUUGAUGAUCAUGGGUACUCCAGAAACAUUUUAUAUGUGCAAUUGUUGGAUGGACAGUUAAAACAAAAUGGACAGUUGAUAUUUUGAUAUUUUUAUUAUUUGGAAACUUUUUUCUUUUUUUUUAUUGUUUAGUUUUAAAGCUGCCACAAGAAACUUUGGUUUGUGUUGAUUUUUGCGCCCCCUGUGGACUAAGUGAUUCCUCUAAUCUGUUGUGCGUUAUGUGUAAAAGUAGUUUUUCCAAACAAUAAACUCAUGCCAUUAUCUUUAAAAUUAAAACAUAUUACUCACUUUGGGUUUUUGCCAUUUCUUAGGCUUGCUUUUAGUCAUCUCAUCUAGCAUCUACCUUCUUGCAGGAUUUUCAGGCAUUAAAAUUUACAACAGACAAGUUUUUAGCAUUGCUUCUUGGUCUCGCUUGAUUUUGAAGGCCAUAAAAAGACACCACUAUCAGUAAAAAAAACUUCUCUUUAUUUGUUUUACUAUUGUUUUAAGUUUUUCUCAGAUCAGAGAUCAAGUUCCUAAAAGGGCCCAUUGUAUUAAUAACCCUCACACUUUAUGCCAGCCCUGCAUAGAGUAGGGCUCCAGCUGGGUCCCCAGUAUAAAAGUCAGGACACACUCCUGCUUAUUGGCCUGAACCUUUUUGAUUUGCUCAGUGACAGAUGGAUCCAUGCUCAGUUGAUGGAAUUACAGUGAAUGACAGGGACUCAACCUUUCACCCAGGUAAGGGCAAAAAAGUGGCUUUUUAUUCAUUAAAGGGAUAUCCUGGCGUAAAAUUAAUUUAUAGUCAAACACACCAUAACACUGAGUUAGACAACCCUGAGAGAGUUAUACAGCAAAAAGCUGUCUCAGAUAGAUUUCUAAAAAUUGGAUUUUUGAAAGCCUUGGUUUUGUUUUUAUUUCAAUGAAGAUGUUUUAGACAUAUUGACCAUAGCGUUAGUUCAGGCAGGACACAAAGUCAAACGAAAGGCUACAGUCAGCUGAUCUUAAGCCAGCCCUCAGUCAGCUGAUAGCUCAGGUGAUCGCCCUCUACACAUCCAAUUGGCAAAUGUCAAAAUGGUGCCCUAUUUUAACUUCUUCUCCUGCCUACUCUGCCUGCUGCAACCACUCUGCAACCCACCUCCACCUCAGCUCCUCCUGUUUAUGUUGUGUCUGGUCUUACUAGCGUCGUAUGUAUUGUCACUGAUGCUUGCUUUGUUCUGUAGGGGAUUUUAAAUAAUUUUAUUUUAUUUAUCUAUUUUGCUGCUGCUUUCCCUGCCUUGGCUUUUCAUGUAUGCACAUGAAAGGGAGGGGACGAGCUCUCCCCGCUUAUAGUCAUGGCAUUCCAUGCAAGCGCAUGGAAGGGCAGGGAACUCUCAGAAAAGAGCCAUCCCAUCAAAUGUAAAAAAAAAAAAGAAAAAAAAUUGCUUGCAAUAAAUAAUUAAUUUUGACUGAAGUGGUCCUGACUGAAUUUAGUUUUUGUUAAUAAUAAUUACCUUGUUUGGAAGCAAUGCAGUAACCUUGGUUGGUGGAAUUUAUGUCAAGCAGACCUUGUCAUCCACACUGUUGAUCUGUCUGAUCCCCCCAUCUAGGUGUUACUAUUGGAAGUGUGUAGCUUGCAGAGUUGUCUAAACUUUCCAUUGGACUCUUUGCAUUAGCUGUGUUUGGCCACAAAGUGGUUCUUCGGGCUGAACCUACACCAGUGUCAACUCCACAGUAAAUACAAAUAACUUUGGUCCUGUUAAAACCAUCUGGCUGGGCUUUGAAACUGAACUUACCAUUCAAAGGUCCUGCGUCUUUGUCUAUUUCUGCUCAAGGAGGUUUUGUUUUGUUUGCCAUCUACAAUGUCACUGAGGCACUCUGGCUAAAUUGGACUUAUUAAGAGGAUUUUAAGGCAUGCACAGGAUUAGGUUUUUCCUCUUUAGGGAAAACUUGGUUCUUUUCUAAUGCUGUUGAGAAUGUCUCUAACUCAAGGGACAGUAUCAGAGCCAGGAUCCUAGGAGAAAGCUUAUCUGAUGUCAAGAGUGGCUAAGACAUACACAAACUCUACAUACUAUCUUGAUUUUAUAACCGGGGUAUGGUUAGGGGUUUUGUUUGCUCUGCAAUGCCAUGGUCCAGAGUCAAAGCCAUAACAUGCAGAAUCUUUCAUGACUAUGAAAUACCACUUUGUUUAGAGUUUUUCUCUCACAACUUCAAGUUUGCAUGGGUCAGAAAUGAUGAUCUCCAGUGGUACCACCUAACUAAAAAUUACAAAAAAGACAUUUUUUCCCCCAAUUUGUAGAGUCAGUUUUAAUUUUUGUAAAAUUUUGACUCUUGUCAUGACAUGUGUUGCUGCAAUGUUCCUGUCGUACCUGAGUUGAUGAGAUAAGUCAGAAGAGCGUACUUCACAUUUUGCAUGGAGAAGGAGCCGACAGAUGAGGUGCUGCAAGUUUUCACCCCAUGUUAAAUUUAUUUUCUUUAAGCUUUUUGUUUUCACUUCAAUGAAGCAGGUAUCUGAUUUGGCUCUUCUCCACAACCCCUGGCUCACUGGUGCUUCAGCUCAAGGUUUUUUUACUCUGUGAAGGCUCUUCUUAUCUGAUCCCAAAUCAGCUUUAUCAUCUCAUAGCAUGGUGUGCACCUCCUCUACACUGUAACUAAACAUCUGAACACUGCAGGCCACAGUCCCUGUGGUAGGCUCCGUUUGCUGUGUCAUAAUUUCUUAAGUUUACAACAUUUCUGUUAUCUCUGUGGUAUUCCCCAAUUCUCUGCCCACACUGACUCAUCAGCCAUAUAUUCAUCAUCAUCUCCUCUCUCCUCUGGUUUGCAAUUACUGCAGUAUGAUCAGCAGCUGCCCUUCAUUUAUAAGCUCUGAUGACUUGGAUUCACUUGCCAUGGUUUCCAAUAUACAAAUAAGCAGAAUGUAGAGUGUAACCGGAAACUGGAUAUCAAACUGGAUAGCAUUUAGUCAAAGUAUUGCAAUGCAACACAGCCGUGUGUUCAUGACAGUGUUUGUCUCUGCAACAUAGAGUCCAUGGCUGUCAUGGUGGUUUUCUCACCCAAAUGGACCUGCACCAUUGCUUUUGACAAAGACAUGACCAAAAGUUCCAUCUCUUUUUGGUUCUCUGUAGGUCAUUGGUCAAGAAAUGCCAUUAAUGAGUGCAGAGGAGUUCUAAAAGUUGAUGUAUUUCUAAACUAGAGAGUUGAAAGUACAGCAAAAAAAAAAUGCUGAGCUGUAUUUGGUUUGAAUACAAAACGGUCACUGGUGCAAAAUAAAACAAGAUUCAUUCCCCAAACAAUGAAUUAUGUCUUGGGGACUCGACCAGACUGACUGAUUGAGCAUUUUAGAACCAAGACUAGGUUAAGAGGUCCAAAAGUCAGAGUAGAACAUGUUGCCUACUAGCAAAACCAUGAGUACAUAACAUGGGUUUGCUGGUGUGUCAUUAUCUGUAACUGUUCAGCCAAAAUAUUGUCUGGAUCUGGAUCUUUUUUUAGCGAAAAACCAAAAGUAGCUCAGCAGUGAAACAAAAAGAAAAACAACUGCCUUUUCUAACUUCUGAACGUCUUUAUAUGUUGUUGAACAUAUUUGAGUGAAAAAUUAACCCACCAUUGACAUUUUUUGUUGUUGUUUGUCUUUUCUGGAUUCAUAUUCAGAUUAAGACUCAUCCUUUUUACAGAAGUACUCACAGUCUAAACUAUGACGAGUUUCUCCUACUUUGUUUUAGCUGACAAAGAUAACAACUGUGAUGACACUUAAGUGUGUGGGCCUCUUUGAGUAACACUUUAGCUGUAUUUUAAUUUUCUUUUCUCACCCCCUCUCUGUCUUUGUCCCAGGCCUGAGCAACAUCAUAGGCAUAAUUGUGUACAUAUCAGCCAAUGCCGGGGACCCUUCCAAGAGUGACUCCAAGAAAAACAGCUACUCCUACGGCUGGUCCUUCUACUUCGGAGCCCUCUCCUUCAUCAUGGCUGAAAUGGUGGGUGUGCUGGCUGUGCACAUGUUCAUCGACCGCCAUCGGGAGUUACGAGUGGGGGCUCGAGCUGCCGACUACCUCCAAGGUGCGGCUAUCACACGCAUUCCCAGCUACCGCUACCGUUAUCGUCGCCGCUCACGUUCUUCGUCUCGCUCGACGGAUCCCUCGCACUCCCGAGAGGCAUCUCCAGUGGGCUUAAAGGCCUUCGGGACGCUACCCUCCACUGAGCUGUCCAUGUACACGCUGCCAAAGGGCCAAACAGGCACUCCAACAGCAACCUAUAACUCCACGGAGAGGGACCACAACUUCCUGCAGGUCCACAACUGCAUCCAGAAGGACCUGAAAGACUCAGGUGGAAACUCCGCAAACCGACGCACCACACCUGUAUGAAACUUAAGGAGGGACAUCAGACACUCAAAAAAUCAGAGGGAAUUUGGGGGGAGGCGGCAAAAGACAGAUCACAGUGUAAGGCGGAUGGGAAAAGGCGUAUGGAUAGAUGGGGUGAGGGGUUAAGCAGCAGAGGGGGAGUUCUGAGCACUCCACAGCACCUCAGAUGAUCACUGAGUUUCUGUUUAAAAAAAAAAAAAGGAAACAGACAAAAAUGCAUAAAAAAAGAAACAUGCAUGAUUUUCCCAUCUACCAUUGUUUAACGAGUUUUGAACAUGUUUGUAAAGAUUUGAGGGGGAGGAUGGGGAAAGAGGAGUUGGGAAGGGAGGGUUGCUGGUGGUUGUCUGUCUCGGGGCUGUGGAACAAAAGAGCGGUGGGCUUGGCCGGACUACCCGUUAAAGGCGAACUUUAUAUUUUUUACUCUUCCUCAGUCUGACGAUAAGGCGGUGUAGUUCACCUGUUUGGCCCCGCCUAUGAUCCCGCCCUCACACUUCCAUCCCACAAGCCCCCGAACACACACCUCCUAACCUCCCUUGUACCCGCUCCUUUCUUUAGUUGCUGUAUCUUCUUGAUUUCAUUCUUUAUUCGCAUCAAUACUGUGAAACUUUGCGGCGUUGGAUUUUUAGCAGGGAGCUAUUCAAACCGCAAAAAAAAGGAAAAAAACACGUAAGUUAAUAUAUGUAUUGAUUAUAUAUAAAUAUAUGAAUAUAUAUGUUAAUAAAUCAUGACUUCCCUUGCGCAAAAAUAUCAACCAGAAAAAAUGAAAGAAAAUAACGUAACCUACAAGAGAAACUAAAUCAAGUCAUUACGGAAACCAAACCAAGACGGAGGAUUUUUCGUGACUGGCUUGUUUGAAGGGCAAAGGCUUCGGCCUUCUUGACAAACUGAUAUUGGUUAGUAUUAGACACAUUAUUACAUUCUUUUACAACAAUUUUUUUUUGGCUUUCCGGCAAAACCCUGGAAGCUGCUGACGUUCAGGGUCAACUACUGGUUAAAUGUUGACCCUGCCUUUUUUCUGCUCCAUAAAGGGGUGAAGUGAAGAGAGAACUCUAGGUAAUGGAGGAUCUCCCAACAAACUUGAUGAAGACUCUGGACGAUGAAGCGUCACUACUGCCAAAGACACAAAGUAGUGCGUGAGUGAACAUGGCUACCAGCGAGUUGAAACUGAAUGACUCCAAAAAAUUAAGAAUUUACAUGCAUGCUAGUCAAAAUCAUCCGAUCUGCUUUUAAAGAACCUAUGUUUUGAACAACUGAACAAUGAUACCAUGUAAGGGCAGUGGGGUGUCAAAGUAGAAAUUAAUGUUACAGUACUGUGUCUAUUUCAAUCUUCAUUUCUUUUUUAUUUCUCAGUGGGUACUUUGGGUCGGGGCUUCAUUACGCUUGAAACAAAAAGAACAGACUUGGAGAACACGUCAAGGCUUUUUUUAAACAGAGGAAAAUUUUGCCUUUUCAUUUAACUUUAUUUUCUCAGACUCUCACACAGCCUUAGUCACUUUCUUUGUCUCAUUCUUUUCUUGUUCUUUGGUUUUGCGUUGUGUUGUUGUAAAUGAGAAUUUUAAAAAAAAAGCGUAAUGUCUUUCAAGGUGCCAAAACUGAAUGAUUCUGAACUUGGAUGCAUCAAGUCCUGAUGAAGAAUAAAAAUUGAACCCCCCCCGUAGGGAACAGAAAGAGUCUUUGUUGUAUCGUGUUGGUCUUCAAUCACAAUGAUGCUGUUAGUGUCCACAUUAAAGGUUUAAGGAAAUUUUGAGAGAAGAUGGAG